GGGCAAGCCGAGGCACCUGAGCGGCACCCGCCUCCUCUUUCUCCUCCCUCUCUCCGCCCUCUCAGUGGUUUCGUCUUUCUUUCUUUCCUCCGCCCGGAAACUCACAAGAGAAGCAGCCACGUUGCCUCAGCCCUACCGACCUGGGCCGGGUUCGGCGGCGGCAGCGGCAGUGGGUCUCCUGAGGAGAGCCGGGAGCCCGCGCUUUUCCUUGGCGCCUUUCCCGCCCUCCGGCGGGUCUGAGGAGCCCUCUCCCCCGCGCCUUACCUCCACCAGGUGAGUCCGCCUCCCUCCUCCUCCCUCCUCCUCCUUCUCCCGAGCUGCCGUGGGAUUGAGACCGGGUCAAGCGCGGAGGGGGAGACGCGCCCAACAUCGUUAAUUCUUACCACAACACACACACAAAAACACCCGGCACGUUAGAGUUUAAAAGUUUCGUGGUUUGGAUGGGAAGUGUUGCGGCUUCUUUCAGAGAGGAUCGCCGAGUUUUCUCGCUCUCCUUUGACCACCUCAGGAUGACUUCCGUGCCCUAAGAGGGGUGUGGAACCAAUCAUAAUAGUAACAACAGCAGUAACAAGGCAUAAAAAAUGACUCAUGUGGUCAGGAAGAGCUUCAAAAUGUUACUUGGGUUGUGGUGAAGAUGAGUUCUGUUCUGUGUUGUUGUUUUAACUAUUCGCUGAGUUCUGUUUUGAGAAAAAUCAACCAGGCGAUUUGCAAAACUCCUCGGAUUAAAACUUUGGGUUAGUGGGGGAGGUUAAUUUGAAUAGGGGGUUAUGCUUGGGGGGAUUAUUAUUUCCCUGAUGUCUCCCCCCCCCCAAUAAUUCCCUUCAUGAUACAUAUGUUAAUAAUUGUAUAGGUGAAUUUAUAGUUCAGAGCCCUGUGACGUGUUUGUCACCCUCAGUGUCUUUAGGUCGAGCUAAGAGUUAGCAAUUGUCCCGUCUCACAGGGUGGUGGUUGUGAAGAUAAAUUGGGGAGAGAGGUUCCAUCACUUAUGUGGUCCUGAUCCCCCAUGGAGGUGGGGCAAGAUAAAAAUGCAAGUAGUCAGAAUUGUUCAAUAGGGUUUAGAAACUAUGUCCUCAGUUCAUGAGCAAACAUGAAUGGGAAGGGUGGAACUCAGUAGAGCUUCAGAUGUAUUUAUAAUACAUAUAUAUUAUAUUAUUAAUAUUAAUCUUAUUGGAAUGGUUGUGAUCAACACAGAAACCAAACCAUGUUUUGAACCACCCAGCAGCAGUGCAAGAGCAAUUAUUAUGGAUUAGUGACUUCUUAAUAAGUUUUAGGUGCUCUUUUUGCCUUGUGACGUAAGAAGUGAGUUUAUUCCAUCGUUUGAUGCAAUAGCAAUAGUUUAGAUUGUACAGAGCAAGGAGGCCAUAGGUGUAACAACUUGUGAUCUCCCAAAACUGCAAGCAACCCCACCAGUCACUGGCGAGUUAUUCUCUGUUUUUUUCUUACCUGCCUAUUAAAUACUGGGUGAUGGGGAUGGGUUUGUCAGGCUAAAAUAAAUACAUACAGGCUGGUAUGAUCAUAUUUGGUGUUUCACAGUUUGUGCAGCCUAACCCAUGGCUAUCACAAACACUGAUGAAUGUGUUUGGUAUAUCCAGCUUUUUAAGACAAGCACUCAUAAACAUGUAAAAAAAUUAGAUUUAGAGCUAAUUAGGCUUAACUAAGCGUUAGUCCCAUUGAACUUCUGAGUUGGUAUGCUGUUGCUAUAGAACUAGGAGAUAGCAGUUUUUAGUUAUGCAGUGAGCGUUUCCGGAGAAGCAAAUCACAUCAAGGUCACUGGGAUUUGUUUACCUUCUAGUAAGUGUUUAGUCUUUCAUCCUAUUUAGGAGUCAUAUGCAAGCCUACUCAGUGGUUUUUCCUGUUUAGAGAAAUGCGUAUAAUAUUGCAGUCUAAAUCCUGAUUAAUUGUGAUGUUAUGUAUUAAAAUCUAACAGUUGCUUCUGAAAAUGCAGUAUCACAACACGCCCACCCCAUGUGCUCUUCUGACUAACUACACGGUAUAUUUACUCCUGCCUAAUUUACCAUUUUCCCUUUUUUGUAGUGCCAAAAAAAGAAAAAAACCUAGAUGCAAAGCAAAUGUAGAAUAAAUAGUAUUCUGAAAUAAUGUUGUGAUUCACAAUUGCCCUUUUCUAUGUAAAUCUUAGUUUGGACUUUGCCCUUUUUGAUUAGGUAAUCUUGUUUGCCUUCAGUUUCGUGAAACAGGUAAUAAUUGAAUUGGCUCUCUUUUGUGGAGUUCUUUGGAGCCUCUGUACAAAACCUAUUGCUAUGUAAGCAUUAUUUCACUCCAGGUACAAUCCAAAACCUGGCUGCUACCCAAUGGGCUUUUUGAAGUGGCCUCUCCCUGCACCUCAAAAUGCCAUGUUUCAGGGCUAUCCACUGCAAGCAGGCAGAAGAGACUAUUCUGUGCCAGCAGAGUGAUGUUGGUGUCAUUCCACAAGUGCAGAAGAACAGGACUGUGCCUCCAUUCAAUCUAACCCUCUUCUAGCCUGGCAGAAAGGGAAUUUGGCGGCUUGCACAGUUUGUCUUGAUUUUUAAAUGAGCAAUUACACAUUUGUGCAAUAAACACAGUGAUCCAAUUCACACAUCAUGGUAAACCAUAAUUAAUGGUUUGCUCUGUAUGCUCCUUACUAGUGCUUGGGGGGAAACAAACAAGCAUCCCUGGCACUGCAUUACAUCUGAACCAGGGAUCAUGAUUUGCUUACUCUGUGCCCUCUUAGGCAUGAGCAUGGUAAGUCAUUAACCAUGAUGUGAUGUUCAAAUGAGGCCAAUUUCAAUGGCCUUUGUUUUCGAAAUACGCAAGUGAGAAAAUAAAUAGUGACACAAUAACAAAAAGAACAAUGUGUUUUGGCACCUUAAUGACACACACAUUUAUUAUGGCAUUUGCUUUUGUAUAAUACAGCCAUUUAAUCAGAUGUAUGAGGUGUUAUCCUGAGUUGCAGGUGUAUAUAUAUACCCAUGGGGUGGCAUGUUGGAAUUAUAAACAGUCAGAUCAAGAGUUCAGGAUAAAACUUCAUGCAUCUGAUGUAUUGUGGACCAUGACAGCUUAUGCCAUAAUAAAUCUGUUAGUCAUUAAAGUGCCACAAGACUCAUUUUGUUGUUUUUGCUGCAACAGACGAACAUGGUUAUGUCUCUGGACAAUGAAUAACAAAGUGAAAGAUGCAUGAAAAAUGUAAAGACAAGGAAGAAGAAAUGUUUUUCUGAUGCUGCUUUACUAGGGUAGGACUAAUGAGAUACAUCCAGUCUCUAAAGUGUCAUGUAUUGCUUCCUUUCUUAUGAACAGUUCAUCAGUUUAUUUUUCUGUGACCUGCUUGAAGUUGUGAUGAAUAUGAUAUCUCCUGUCCAAAGUCUACUUUUGUAACUCAUAGUCAAAAGAUGAGAGACAUAAAUAUGAUUCUCUCAUUUCAGCUUCCAGCUAGUGAUAAAUGAAAGAGAAGGAUUGUAGAGCUCUACAUAUAUUGCAGAUAAAGAUGGCUUUGUGCUUUCAAAGACCUCAUCUUCCAAAAGCCCAAGUCUUACAGAGGAAAUUGCUGGUUAAAACCCUGACUUUGCCUUUUGAGGCAAUAUAAUAACUAUGUUUCUUCACUGAAAAGGAUGGUUGAGGAAGAAAAUUAAAUAGAGCCUUACCUACAUAUUAUGUGGAUUAACCACAGAGAAAUAUAGAAUAAUAGAAUUGUAGAGUUGAAAGGAACCACAGGGGUCAUCUAGUCCAGUACCCUGCAAUAUAGGAAUCUUUUUGCCAAAUGUGGGACUUGAACCCAUGACCCUGAGAUUAAGAGUCUCGUGCUGUACUGACUGAGCUAUCCUGCGGGCAUCGCAGGAGCAGAGUACUGUACAUACCGUAUUUUUCGCUGUAUAAGAUGCACCAGACCACAAGACGCACCUAGUUUUUGGAGGAGGAAAACAAGAAAAAAAUAUUCUGAAUCUCAGAAGCCAGAACAGCAAGAGGGAUCGCUGCGCAGUGAAAGCAGCAAUCCCUCUUGCUGUUCUGGCUUCUGUGAUAGCUGCGCAGCCUGCAUUUGCUCCAUAAGACGCACACACAUUCACCCUUACUUUUUAGGAGGGAAAAAGUGAGUCUUAUAGAGCAAAAAAUACGGUAAUUUUUUUAGUCACUUGGGAGGUGUCUUCUUGAUGGUAACAAAGACCACUUUAUAUACUAUCCAUAGCAUUUUUAUUGAAAUGUUAGCGUGAUAGUUCUGGAGAGAUAAUGUUAAGGGGAGCAAUAAUGCUUGCUUUCCUAACUGUAUAAUUCUUGGUGCUCUUUGUGUAUCCUAGAACAAAUAAGGGAGUGCCUAAUAAUCCAUUGUUUGUAGAGAGAAAAAGUGACUUUUGAUGUAUGGGAUACCAAAGUCUGGUUUGUUGGUUGAACGUCAUGCCAAGCAACAGUUUGCCCAAAGCCUCAUUUAAGGUUUGGUUUAACAGCUGCUCUCAGCCCAUUGUUUGUCAGAUGUUGUCUGUUUGGUCAAGGUUGGCUCAAUGAACAAUGUCAGGACCAUCUCAGUAUAUGGAACUAUGGAGUGAUCCAACAUAGAACCUGAAAACUGUUGGGAGUAUUACUACCUAAAAGCUCUAAUAUGUAGUCGCUUACACCAAUGACAUAGCCAAGUUUAGGACUGUGAAAUUGUGGUGAUUGCUGAUAUUUUUUCUUUUCUUCUGCUUACAUGAUGCCAUGGCCUUUGGCUAGUGUAAUGAAAGUUUACUGAUUACUGAAAUUGUAUAAAUCCAGUAAUUUUUAAUACCUCGGCUUAAACCUUAGACUGGGCCUUAGGAAUUCUCUUGAAACUGCUGUGGCUGUUGCAGUCCACACAGUUUACCUAUGUAGUGGUAUCUCGGGUUAAGAACUUAAUUCAUUCUGGAGGUCUGUUCUUAACCUGAAACUGUUCUUAACCUGAGGUAUCACUUUAGCUAAUGGGGCCUCCCGCUGCUGCCUGGCCGCCACCCCACCAUUUCUUUUCUCAUCCUGAAGCAAAGUUCUUAACCCAAGGUACUAUUUCUGGAUUAGCGGAGUCUGUAACCUGAAGCGUCUGUAACCCGAGGUACCACUAUAUAACCAUUUUUUAAGCAUUUCAACCCAUAAUUUUGUUCUUACACAUUUACAUAAGAGCCACCCUGCUGGAUCAGACCACUGGCCUAUCUAGUCCAGUUAUUGUUUCUCACAGCAGCCAAUCAGAUUCUUAUGAGAAGUUAACAGCCGGACAGGGAGGCAAAAGUACUCUUCCAGAAAGUAACAUAUUGCUAAUAUGUCUAGUAGCCGUCAAUCUGUCUUACUCUCUUUCGACACCAUCUAAGUUGGUACCAUCAUCACCACAUCUUAUGGAACUAAUGUCCAUAGUACAGUGGAAUGAAGACAUAUAAUAGUGAUUGUGUGAAUGGUGUAUGGAAUUGUGCAUGAUAGUAUAGCUGUGUAUGGAGUUGUGUGGGGUGUUGAGACCUUGCCCAAUUAACAUGGAAUUUGAGAAACUGUAAGGGGGAAGAAGAAAAUUCACAGUAUCAUUCACAGUGUUAUUUCUUCUCAUUGUUCUGUUCCUGGCAUGCACUAUCUAUUUCUGCUUUGUUACGUUAAUGAAUGUCUGGCUAGACGUUCUGAUUAACAUUUCCAAAUUAUAUUAGAUAAGGAACAUUUCUUACUGUGCUGUCUUGAAGAAAGAUAGGUGAGGGAAGUGUACAAUUAUGACUGUUUGGCUAGACAUUCUGAUUAACAUUUUCAAAUUGUGUUAGAUAAGGAAUAUUUCUUACUAGGCAGUCGUCAUGAAUGACUAAAUGUGAUAGGUGACAAAAAGUGUGUGCCUGUGAUCUGUUUAAAUGGACAGUUUCCCAGUGCUGUUGGAAGUACAUGUCUGAGGCUGCUGACGCUAUCUAGUGUAGCAUGAUUGGACAGGAGUGAAAGAACAUGCUAGAAAUGUGGCUGUAGGCAUUAUAAUUUGCUAAAGCUUCAUAAGGUAAGGUAAUUACUUAGCAUUAUCUCUCUUAAAAUUAAGUAAAGUGGAAUUUUCUGAUAAACAUAUAGGAUGAUAUGUGUUUUGAAGUGGGCUUUUCAAAGAAAUUAGGUAGUAGACAUACGGUCUCCAUUUAUUAACACUUUACCACAUCCUUGGAAGGUAACCAUUCUGUUGGCAACUGUUCUUUUAGCUGCAGUUACUUGGAUAAAUCCUAGGUUUUAACUUUUGCUUUUAGUUUGGAUUUUGUAUGUUAAUUGCAGGAGACAUUAUUUGUUCAGUCUUGAGCCUUAAGUUUGGUUGCUUUCUUUGUGAAGUCACUAAUAUCAAUAAAAAGAAUGAAGAGUCUUGACGACACUUAAUGAAGUAUGAUAUAUAAAAACAGCUUGUUAGUUCAAAGCACAUUUGGCAAUGGAGGACAAUAUUUUUCAAAAGGAAAAGUUGUUUAGUUUGGAAGACAGAGUUGAAACAUUAUUUAGCUGCUGAUUGUGAAGUUUAAUAGGGUCAUUUUCUAAUAUAUUCACUCAGGCUUCCAUCCUAUACAUAUUUACUGUAUGUAUACAUACAUACCCCCUUCGUGGAUCACUGCCUUGCCGUGGCAAAGGGGCUUGAAUAAUUCAGAGAAGCUAUGAACUAUGCCGAGCAGGGCACCCAAGAUGAACAGGUCAUAGUGGAGAGUUUUGACCAAACGUGAUCCACCUGGAGGAGGAACCGGCAAGCCACUCCAGUAUCCCUGCCAAGAAAACUGCAUGGACAAAGACAACAGGCAUAUAAAAGUUAUGACGCUGGAAGAUGAGCCCCUCAGGUCGGAAGGUGUCCAACAUGCUACUGGGGAAGAGUGGAGGACAAGUACAAGUAGAUCCAGAGCUGAUGAAGCGGCUGGGCCAAAGCCGAAAGGACGCUCAGUUGCGGAUAUGCAUGGAAGUGAAAGGAAAGUCCAAUGCUGUAAAGAAAAAUAUUGCAUAGGAACCUGGAAUGUAAGAACCAUGAACCUGGGUAAGUUGGAUGUGGUCAAAAAUGAGAUGGCAAGAAUAAAUAUUGACAUCCUGGGCAUCAGUGAACUAAAAUGGACGGGAAUGGGCGAAUUCAGUUCGGAUGACUAUCAUAUCUACUACUGUGGGCAAGAAACCCGUAAAAGAAAUGGAGUGGCCCUCAUAGUCAACAAAAGAGUGGCGAAAGCUGUACUGGGAUGCAAUCUCAAAAAUGAUAGAAUGAUCUCGAUACGAAUCCAAGGCAGACCUUUUAACAUCACAGUAAUCCAAGUUUAUGCACCAAACUACUGGUGCUGAAGAAACUGAAAUUGACCAAUUCUAUGAAGACUUACAAGACCUUAUAGAAGUGACACCAAAGAAGGAUGUUCUUCUCAUUAUAGGGGAUUGGAAUGCCAAAGUAGGGAAUCAAGAGAUAAAAGGAACAACUGGCAAGUUUGGCCUUGGAGAUCAAAACGAAGCAGGGCAAAGGCUAAUAGAGUUCUGUCAAGAGAACAAGCUGGUCAUCACAAACACACUUUUCCAACAACACAAGAGACGACUCUACACAUGGACAUCACCAGAUGGGCAACAUCAAAAUCAGAUUGAUUAUAUUCUCUGCAGCCAAAGAUGGAGAAGCUCUAUACAGUCAGCAAAAACAAGACCUGGAGCUGACUGUGGCUCAGAUCAUCAGCUUCUUAUAGCAAAAUUCAAGCUUAAACUGAAGAAAGUAGGAAAAACCACUGGGCCGGUAAGAUACAAUCUAAACCAAAUCCCUUAUAAAUACACAGUGGAAGUGAGGAACAGGUUUAAGGAUUUAGAUUUGCUGGACAGAGUGCCUGAAGAACUAUGGGUGGAGGCUCACAACAUUAUACAGGAGGCAGCAACUAAAACCAUCCCAAUGAAAAAGAAAUGCAAGAAAGCAAAGUGGCUGUCCAACUAGGCCUUACAAAUAGCGGGGGAGAGAAGGCAAGCAAAAUGCGAGGCAGAUAGUGAAAGAUACAGGAAAUUGAAUGCAGAUUUCCAAAGAAUAGCAAGGAGAGACAAGAAGGCCUUCUUAAACGAGCAAUGCAAAGAAAUAGAGGAAAACAACAGAAUGGGAAGAACCAGAGAUCUGUUCAAGAAAAUCGGAAAUAUGAAAGGAACAUUUCGUACAAAGAUUACCAUAAUAAAGGACAAGAGUGGUAAGGACCUAACAGAAGCUGAAGACAUCAAGAAGAGGUGGCAAGAAUACACAGAGGAAGGAAACUACACUCUGAAAGGUGAGGAAGAAGUUCUCAGCAGAGAGGGGUGAAGAGAGAGGAGACGGGAGUUUAAAUUAAACAAAACAAAAGCCUGGAAGUUCACAAAGCGGUGAGACCUUCUGUUCCAAGUUAAGCCUGCCUGCACUUUUCCUGGAGACCGAAUAGGGGAGGGAUGGGGGACUGGACCAAGAUUUAAAUUGAGAGCCCUUCCCUUGAACAAUCUAUCGUGAAGAGGGCUGAGCUGAGAUGAUCUACUCGAGCCCUCACCAGGGGUAAAUCUUUAUCGGAAUUUGACUCUUAUUAUAGCUCUUGUAUGAACUGCGGAGAAAUCCCUGGAGUUAAAUACUCAGCUGUAUAGCCAAAUCAUUGACUGUGGUAGGAAGUCCCCUUCUUCUCUCCUGUAUUAUCUACAUUAUUUAGCUCAUAUCUACUGUGGCUAUGGGCAAGAGGAAACGCCUCAGAGAAGCAGAGGAAUUACUGCUCCUCCCUAGCCCCAAGCUACAAGCUAAAGAAAGAAGAGACCAGUCAAAUUCUCAAGCAGCAGUUACCACAUACAAUAGACUUCUUCCACUAAGUGACUUGGAUGUAGCUAAUAACAUUCCCAAGUCCCAAAAUACCACCAUACACAAUUGUAAUCUAACGAGCACUCCCGUCAAGGGUGGGCCCAAUGUGGAUGGGAAAAAGAUCCGGGAUAAAGAAAACCAGCUGGGAAAUGAGUCCUCCCAUUUACAACUAGUCAUUAGGACACUGGACUGCAUAUUUAAAAAGAUAGACUUUCUGACGUGCUCAAUUUCCAAGCUAACGGAAAAGUGAUGGAUAUGGACGCCAAAAUUGCCCUCAAUAAUAACUACCAGAGGGGACCUCCAGUAAUAGCCCCACCAAACUCUGGGGUAAAGGGGAUGAGAAAAUAUAAACUAAACGAUCUCAUGUGUAAGCAAAAUCUAACAUUGCAACCUAAGAAGGUGUGCCUAACGAUAAGGUCUGAGAUAUGGGACUGGUCAAGCUUGGAAGGAGCUAAAACUGCCCUAAGUAAAAUCCUGAGAAUAAGCAUAGUUCAUAUUGAUCUUCAUGCUUUACUUCCGCUAACUCAAUCAAAUGGCCCUUAUAAAGUUAUUUUAGCCUUCCGUUCGCUGAGACUACCCUUAUUAAUAAUAAGACAAAAAUGGAAAUUUAUAAAAACAAAAAUCAUACCUACAAGGGUUUUUGCGGACAGCAUAGUAAAACCACUACUUGUGGAAAACGAGACAGAGAUAUUAGAUUCAGGAACAAGCUCUACAAAAUCGCCAGACAAAGAGAUGUUGCCUUCCCCACAGAGAACGGAGGAGAUGGCCUGCAGUCCACAACCAGGAACGGACUUGGGUGGCUCCAGAAUUUCUAAUGAUGAAAGCGCCCUUAUGAAUUCAUUUGAUGAAUUACAGUCACAAGAAAAAGAAAAAAUAAUAAAUAAAUUAGAUAAACUAAGAGAGAAGAUGUCUCAGGCCAAAAGCAAAAUAGGAAACAAAGAAAUUCAAACCAACAGGGCCAUUGGAGGCUCAGUGGACCUUCUCAAAUUUAGCCCACAGCCUCAAAAUAGGUCCAUAAAAUCCAAGGCAACGAUACAGACAAUUGUCUCGCCACCCCUAUUAGUUAAUCUGGAACCAGCCCUUCCUGCACCAGCCGGAAUGGUUACACCUACUAAAGAACAGCAAAAUGUAAACAAAAUUUCGACACAUUCCUCAAUGCCUGACCUGGAGUCAUCAUUAUCGGACGGAGAAUCUCAAGCUGAUGAUUUAGAAGCUCAAACCGCUAUCGAUAUGGACUGGACAGAAGACCCCUUGGGCCAUAUAAAUAAGAUGAUACACCCACGGAAGGGAAAUCUAAUAAUAGUUAAAACUUGUACCGACUUAAUCUCUGCCCCCCUAGGUGAUAAGCUCUCGGAUAAAACAAGGGAUUUCAGAGAGGAGACCAGAUCAAACCAGGACACUACCCCUAUAGGAUCGGGCGAGCAAAGCAUAAUUACAAAUAGCUCAAGAGGUACAUCUGUGCCAAAAGGAGAGAAGUCAUCUACUAUUAGUCAAAGGAAAAUUACUGACUUCUUUAAAUUUGACAACCCACCAAGAUCAGCGUUCCCCCCUUCCCCAUUGUGACUACCCAAACCUCAGUCAAACCCUCCCCCCGUUCUCCCGUUUAAGCUGGAACAUAGCAGGUUGGAAGGGGAAAAAAUCUGACCCGGACUUUGUAAAACUAAUAAACUCACACCAAGUAAUUCUCUUGCAGGAAACAUGGGAAGAGGGAGAGUAGAUAUUAAUGGUUUUGAUGUUACAUCAUUACCGGCAUGCCCGUCUACUAAAGGAGGCCGGCCCAGUGGAGGAUUAGUUAUAGCAAUUUCCUUGAAAAUACAGGCAAAACUCACGCUUGUAAAUGCUUCCAUCUUUGCAAUUACAGCCCUGAUUACGGGAAAAACUUUGAACUUGUUAUAACAAAUGUUUAUCUUCCUCCUGGAGGCAAUAUUGCAGACUUACACAAUAAAUGGGGAAUCUUGGAGGAACAUCUCACUCAUUGUCACUCCAAAUACCCCAAUAUACCCAAUGUUAUAGCAGGGGACUUCAAUGCUCGCAUUGCAACAAACUGGGAGUCUUUAAUCAAAGCCAAAUGGUGGAUAACCCCAGAAUUCAUUAAUGACCUCUCCCUCCAUAAUCAAAGACUUUCUAAAGACAAAAGGGUAAAUGAAGCAGGAACCCUUCUUUACCAAUUGGUACUACGUCUAAACUUAGUGAUUCUAAACGGGAACUGCCCGCCAGACGUACCGGGUGAGUUUACACACAUAAGCUCCUCUGCAAACAGUGUCCUGGAUUAUAUGUUAGUAUCUCAUGACAUAUUCCCCAAAUUUUCCCAUUUUAAAGUCGAAAACUUUCAACUGAGCGACCACUUACCGUUGGUCGCCACAAUGACUAUAGACUGGACCCCAGAUGGAGACAAGCACCCAACACAUCUGACUACGAACUCAGCAUUGCAAAUCAAAAGUGUAAAAUGGUCCGAACUACAGGCCCAAAAAUACUCAGCAUAUUUCCAACAAGGGCUAAAACAAGCAUAUUCAGGCCUAAUCGAGAAUUAUUAUGAUUAUGACCAAACUUUAAGAUUAUUCUCGAAUCUGUCAGAAGAUCUAACGUCUUUUUUCUCUGUCCCGACGCAUAAAAUAAAUAGAACACAAAGGAAGAUAGGUGCCUUGUGGUUCAAUAGUGCUUGUAAACAGGCUAGACAACUUCUUGGUAACAUCUACAAAGAGUAUAAAGCCUCCGGGGCAACGGUCUUGCCAAAAGAAUACUUCCAAGCAAAAUCAGCCUAUAAGCAAAUUCAAAAGGGAGCCAGACAGGAAUGGCAAGCGAAUCAAUGGCGAGCAAUCAUAGAAGCCUCAUCAUCACGGAACUCCAGACAAUUUUGGCUCCUGGUAAAUAAAAGAACUAAAAGAUACCCCUUGACUAUUAUUCCUGCCCCGGUUUGGGAAUCCUACUUAAAAAACUACUUUGCCACAACUGACUGUAUUGCUAACACAAGAGAUGAAUUUCAAGAUCAGCUUCCCCUCUGGCCCCCCACCGACCCGGAAGACAUCCUUGACUUGAUCGUUAAACUCAAAACAGGGAAAGCGCCUGGGCCAGACCUGAUCCCGGCAGAAGCUAUAAAAUACCACGCGGACUGGUGGGCUAAAGUUCUGGCGACCAUCUUCGACGCUGUUAACAACUCUGGAAAGAUCCCGGAAGUAUGGAAGGACGCUGUUAUCGUCCCAAUCCACAAAAAGGGCUCACCAGAUGACCCGGGGAAUUACAGAAAUAUCAGUCUGCUCUCAAUAGUGGGGAAACUGUAUGCCCGCUUCUUGCUGAACAGACUUAACCAAUGUGCCGAAGAGAAAAUUAAUUGGGCCCGAACAAGCUGGAUUCCGCCCAAAACAGUCAACAAUUAAUCAUAUUCUAAUUUUACAGCAUCUUGCCUGGAAAUAUUCCACCCCAAAGGGUGGCCAACUCUGUGUGGCAUUCAUUGACCUAAAGGCAGCAUUCGAUAGUAUCCCCAGGAGCAUCCUCUGGGAAAACUCUCCGCUGGGGCAUCGAUAGAAGGCUUCUCUGGCUAAUAAUCAAACUCCAUGAGAACUCAGCGGCUAGAGUGAGACUCACCCCGGAGGGUGAUCUCACCAAUCCAAUUCCCAUUAACAGAGGUGUCCGACAGGGUUGUAUAUUGGCUCCAUUCCUGUUCAACUUAUUCAUAAGCGAUAUGAGGACUCCCCUAAUAGAGGCUCAAGAAAGGAUUCAUGCACCCCGCCUAGCACUUUAUCGCUGCCCUUUGUUACUGUAUGCGGAUGACGCAGUCAUCCUUUCCUUUUCUAGAGUAGGUCUCAGGAGGGCCUUAAAAAUUUUUGGAUCGUACUGUAACGCAAAUUUCCUUACAAUUAAUUAUGGAAAAUCUAAGAUCCUAAUUUUCUCAAAGAGCCGGAAACUCCAUAAUUGGAGAAUUGAUGGGAGAGUCAUCGAACAAGUCUAUAGAUUCCAAUACUUGGGAGUUUGGUUACAACAUAACCUUAGAUGGAAGGCCCAUGUAGCCUAUGUUACAAAUAGAGCCAAAGCUAUCUCCUUGGCGAUCUUGCGAUUCUUCUUCACCGAUGGGGCUCUUCAUAUCCCAUCGGCGUUGAAAGUCUUCAAGGCCAAGGUGAUCCCGACAAUUGCCUAUGCCAUCUCAAUUUGGGGGACUUUUGUCAAUCUAUCUCACCUAGAGGUUAUUCAAAAUCAGUUUUUAAGAGGGAUAUUGAAACUGCCCAACUGUGUAAGUAAUACAGCGUUACGCAUGGAACUUAAUACUGUAUCCCUGGAAAACGCUCUGUGGAAGCACAUACUUUGUCACUGGUUAUCUCUAUGGCACAAUCUCCCAAACUUGUACUUGAUACAAUGUAUGUGGAGAGAUGAUUCCAGAGCCCAUGGGUAAAAAAUUUACAGCUGAAAAUAACGACAAUGGGAAUCUCCCCAUCCAAAUUACUAGAGCAGGACAUAGUUCCAGCUAAAAGAACAGUAACCUGUAAACUAGAGGAGAUGGACUUGCAGCAGAAAAUGGUCUUGGGCAAUGGUACCUGCUCACCUCUAAACCUUGGUUUAUCACCCCUCUUAAGGCUCCCAAACUAUUUGAAUUCCUUAACUUCUUCGGCUCAUAGAUAUGCCUUUGUAAAGGCAAGAUUCAACACCUUCCCAUCGAACAUGCUGAGAAAUAGAUUCUCCAAUGGACAGAUAUCGCUCUUAUGUGAUUGUAAUUGUGGGGCACCGGAAUCGUUGCAUCACAUAAUUUUUGACUGUGCUUUUCACUCAUCGGCUAGGAGCAAGUUUCUUGCCCAAUAUCUAAAGGGAAUUGCCGAUGAUACGAAUGAAGCCAAACUGAGAUAUCUAUUAAAUGAUGAUGACCCCCUAAGAUCACUCACGGUUGCCAGAUUCUUGAUCAGUGUCCUAUCCCUAAAGAAGAGAAACGGACUCCUGUGUGGCUCGGAAAAUCCCUUUAAACCAUGAUCUAUGUUUUAGGAUGUAACUAGGUGAAUCACCAUUGAUGUCUUUUAUUGAUUUGUGAGCAGAUGGUGAUGGUUAUGUUACAAAUUUAUUGCAACAUAUGAUGUUGGUCUUUUGUUUUUGUUCUGCUUUGGUUCUUGUCUGUUUUUUGUAAGUUUUGACGGUUUUAAAUUUGGAGGUUCAUGUACAUUAUGUUGGUAUGGGAAACUGUCGUGUGACGGGCCAAUGGCCGUAAUAAAGAUCAAUCAAUCAAUCAAUACACAGAGGAACUAUACCAGAAAGAUAUGGAUGUCUCGUACACCCCAGGUAGUGUGGUUGCUGACCUUGAGCCAGACAUCCUGGAGAGUGAAGUCAAAUGGGCCUUAGAAAGCUCUGCAAAUAACAAGGCCAGUGGAAGUGAUGGUAUUCCAGCUGUACUAUUUAAAAUCUUAACAGAUGAUGCUGUUAAGGUUCUACACUCAAUAUGCCAGCAAGUUUGGAAAACUCAGCAGUGGCCAGAGGAUUGGAGAAGAUCAGUCUACAUCCCAAUCCCAAAGAAGGGAAGUGCCAAAGAAUGCUCCAACUACCGCACAAUUGCACUCAUUUCACACGCUAGCAAGGUUAUGCUUAAAAUUCUACAAGGCAGGCUUAAGCAGUAUGUGGACCAAGAACUCCCAGAAGUGCAAGCUAGAUUUAGAAGAGGCAGAGGAACCAGAGAUCAAAUUGCAAACAUGCGCUGGAUUAUGGAGAAAGCUAGAGAGUUCCAGAAAGACUUCUACUUCUGCUUCAUUGACUAUGCAAAAGCCUUUGACUGUGUUGACCACAGCAAACUAUGGAAAGUUCUUAAAGAAAUGGGAGUACCUGGUCACCUCAUCUGACUCCUGAGAAAUCUCUAUGUGGGACAAGAAGCUACAGUUAGAACUGGAUAUGGAACAACUGAUUGGUUCAAAAUUGGGAAAGGAGUUCGACAAGGCUGUAUAUUGUCUCCCUGCUUAUUUAACUUAUAUGCAGAAUUCAUCAUGCGAAAGGCUGGGCUGGAUGAAUCCGAAGCCGGAAUUAAGAUUGCCGGUAGAAAUAUCAACAACCUCAGAUAUUCAGAUGACACAACCUUGAUGGCAGAAAGUGAGGAGGAAUUAAAGAACCUUUUAUUGAGGGUGAAAAAAGAGAGCGCAAAAUAUGGUCUGAAGCUCAACAUCAAAAAAACGAAGAUCAUGGCCACUGGUCCCAUCACCUCCUGGCAAAUAGAAGGGGAAGAAAUGGAGGCAGUAAGAGAUUUUACUUUCUUGGGCUCCAUGAUCACUGCAGAUGGUGACAGCAGUCAUGAAAUUAAAAGACGCCUGUUUCUUGGGAGAAAAGCAAUGACAAACCUAGACAGCAUCUUAAAAAGCAGAGACAUCACCUUGCCAACAAAGGUCCGUAUAGUAAAAGCCAUGGUUUUCCCAGUAGUGAUGUAUGGAAGUGAGAGCUGGACCAUAAAGAAGGCUGAUCGCCGAAGAAUGGAUGCUUUUGAAAUAUGGUGCUGGAGGAGACUCUUGAGAGUCCCAUGGACUGCAAGAAGAUCAAACGUAUCCAUUCUUAAGGAAAUCAGCCCUGAGUGCUCACUGGAAGGACAGAUCGUGAAGCUGAGGCUCCAAUACUUUGGCCACCUCAUGAGAAGAGAAGACUCCUGGAAAAGACCCUCAUGUUGGGAAAGAUGGAGGGCACAAGGAGAAGGGGACGACAGAGGAUGAGAUGGUUGGAUGGUGUUCUUGAAGCUACCAGCAUGAGUUUGAUCAAACUGCGGGAGGCAGGGAGGACAGAAGUGCCUCGCGUGCUCUGGUCCAUGGGGUCACGAAGAGUCGGACACGACUAAACGACUAAGCAACAACAUACAUACAUACUGUAUACAUACAUCCUAUAUAUACAUACUGGAAAGAAGUUUCAUUGAACAUAGCUGUAUACCUCACUCCUUAGUCUGAAGACAUUCUGAGUGUUUUGCAGAAUUCUUAAAAACACCAUAAACAACAACAUCUUUAACAUUACAAAACCCAACAGUACAGUAAACGCAGCAUAAAAGCCUAGAAGACUAAAAAUCUGAAAGACUUGGGCAAAUAAAUAGUUCUUACCAUGUAUGCAAAAAAUAAAUCAGUGCUGCAUACCUUCCCACAUUAAGUGUUCCAUAACUUUGGUACCUCUUCAGAAAAGGUCCUCUCAUUGGCCAUUGUCAUCUUACUUUUGGAGGUGUAGGACCCAGAGAAUGCUCCUUGAGGAAGACAGGUUUGUUCAGGAGAAGAUUGUCCUUCACAUAUCUGGGUCCUAGCCUGGUAAGAUGAGAACUAGCAAUUUGAAUUGCUCUUGGAAAUGGACUGGGAAUUGGUGCCAAUAUUUCACUGCUGCUGAGAUGUGCUUCAUAUGCUAAUCACAAAUCUAGUUUCUUUGUUUUGUACCAACUGAGGUUUCCAUGUUGUCUUAAAAGGCAGCCUUUGUACAAUGCAUUAUAUAGUACUCUUAAGUGAGCUUUUACCAGAGCAUGUGUAAGCUAGUCACACUAUCUCUUUCUGGGCAUGUUUAGUAUCAUCAUUAGUUAGUCAAAUGUUUUUUUGGGGGGUUUUUUGCAAAAAAUUUAUUAGUUUUUACAAUAUCAAUGACAAACAAAAACAUAAAACAAACAAAACAUAACAAACAUAAAUCAUAACCUUAUUGAAAAUAACAGUUAUUUACUUUGUAAAACAACUUCCUCAUUUCCCCUUAGUUGAAUUUCAUUGCAUAUCCUUAUAACGGUUUUCCAAAUCCCAAUUUUAAUACCCUUUAAAUUAAACAUUAACAUCUUUAAAUCUUCUCCUUCUUGUAUUAAACAUAUUAUUUUAUCAGUUAACAUAGAUACAAUCCUAAGCCCUUUAAGUAUCUGGACGCUAUUUCCAGUUAUUUUAGCUUAACAAAUUUAACUAAAUAAUCAUUAAAUUUCUUCCAUUGUUCGUGGUGUUCCUCCUCCUUCUGGUCGCGGACUCUUCCGGUUAGAUUGGCUAGCUCCAUGCAAUCCAUCAUCUUCAUCUGCCAUUCUUCUACUGUUGGUAAUUCUUGAGUUUUCCACUUUUUAGCUAACAAAAUACGAGCCACAGUUGUGGCAUACAAAAAUAGAUUAACAUCUUUCUUGGGCAAUUCCGAACCUGUUAUUCCAAGAAGAAAGGCCUCUGGUUUCUUUAUAAAUGUAUAUUUCAACAUUUUUUCAAUUCAUUAUAAAUCUUUUCCCAGAAGUCUUUCACCUUGGAGCAGGUCCACCACAUAUGAAAGAAUGUUCCUUCCUUUUCUUUACAUUUCCAACAUGUAUUAUCACAAUUAUGAUACAUCUUUCUAAUUUUACAGGGGUCAAAUACCAUAUAUACAUCAUUUUCAUAAUAUUUUCCUUUAACAAAGUACAUGCGGUGAACUUCACCCCUUUCUUCCACAAUAUUUCCCAGUCCUCAAACAUUAUGUUAUGUCCUAAAUCUCUUGCCCAAUCUAUCAUCACCGAUUUAACUUGUUCAUCUUUCGUAUGCCAGUCCAGCAAAAGCUUGUACAUUUUAGAUAAGUUUUUACCUUCAGUAUCUAACAACUCCAUCUCCAACUUAGAUUUUUCCAAGGCAAAACCAUUUUUCUUAUCCAGUUUAUACAAUUCGUUAAUCUGGUGGUAAUGUAGCCAAUUUAGCUUAUCUUUAAUUUGCUCAAAUGGUCUUAAUUUAUAGCCUUCCUCUUCCUCUAUUAAUAAGUCAUAAUAUCUCAACCAUUUGGUAUCCAUAUUUAAUUUUUUCUGGGCCUUUGCCUCCAUUGGUGAAGUCAAAUGUUCUUUAUGAUACAGAAACUAUUUGGGUCUCUAAAUUUAAGGCUGGGUAUAAGGGCAGCUCAACAUCUGGUUCUGAUUCAUUAGGGAGAGAGCAGUCUAUGUAGAAAGGGAUCCACCUCUGAAGCGAGAUGAACCACUCACCAGAACUUCCUCCAUCUUAAUCCAACUUCAGUUUAUUGGUCCUCAUCCAGUUCAUUACCAACUCAGGGACCAGUUCAGCACUUUCACAGCUUCAAUCUAAGAAAAAGCAAAAUAGAGUUGUACAUCUACAUAUUGAUGACAUCUCACCUCAGAUAUCUAGAUGAGCUUGUUCAGUGGUUUCACAUAGUUCAGAGAAGGAGAACCUAUUGCCCUCAAAUAUUACUGGAUUACAACUCCCAUCAGUCCCAACCAACAUGGUCAGAGGUAGGGAUCAUGGAAAUUGUUGUCUAAUCGCAAUUGUAGGCCACAGGAUUGAUCCUCACCCCCAGUGCAGAUAUUAAAUAGGCUAGGCAACAGUAUCAGAAUUUGCAUGUUAUAUAGGAAGAAUGGGAAUUAUAAGAAGCAUAUGAAAAAGAAAGUUCUUAAUAAGGGUGAACUCAUAAAGAAUAUGGGAGACAUUUUGACCUUCAGGGAACCAUUUCUCCAUAGACUCAUCUUCCAAGGAAACACUUAAACAUUUCAGAGCACUCUAGGUCAUGAUUCAGGGUAGACAGUAAAUUCACAGGUAAGUUUCCCUGGGUGUCCUCAUUGUACUGUAUGAAGUGUGCAUGCUAGAACAUGUCCACAGCUUGACACAAAUAUUAGUAAUGGUGGGCAAUCUGUCUCUCAAGAGAGCUUGUGCAUUAUUACUUCACACCGAGGAACUCCUCAUAGACUUCCAAGGUUUUCUUGGAAUAAAUUCUCAUAGAGUCAAAGGUUUUCUUGUAACAAAUGUGCAAAUCACCAGUAUAUGAGCAAUUGUGUGCCAUCUUCAGGGUGAUGGCCAUAGCUUGGUUGUAGAGCAGAUGCAAAAAAUCCCAGGCAUCUCCAGAUGGGUGAAUAAAGCUUCCUGUCUGAAAUGCUAAUCAGGGUAGACAAAACUUAACGUAGGACAAAUGGUCUGACUUUAUAAGGCAGCUUCCAUUGUGGAUAGCUACUAUUCUUCCUAAAUUUACUCUGCUUAUUAUCUAUUGGCUUUUUAUACGCUUCCACCCACAAUAUGUCAGAUAAGCACAUGCUGAACUGCUUUAGUUCUUCCCUUUGACCUCUUUCUAAACUUAUGCCAUGACUACAUUCCUGUGUAACCUGACUCACAAAAUUCCUGUUUAGAUCUUUAGGGUAGAUAAAUUUAGGUGGCUAGGCAGAAAUUUAUUUAUAGACAUUAAUAACUGGGAAGGGAGAAAAUCCACAAUAACUUUAAUUUAUUUCUAGGCUCAAAUAACUCCUUGCUGGGAAAAGUAGAAGAUCGAGACUGGGCAGAUUGUUUACCUGGUUAGUAGACCGUUAAAGGUUACAUGAUUGUGUUCUUGUGUCCUCCUAUAUGUGCGGUAACAAAAUGUGGGUGGUUAAAACCACCUCAUUUCUCAAUUUGAAGCUGUACAUACCUGAACAGUAUUUGUCGGUACUGACAUCUAUUUGACCAUGAUUGUGCAGAACAGCAUUAGAGUAUCUUGUUGAAUCUUUCUUACUUCGAGGAAAAGUCUUCUGUAGAAAUGGAGAGGCAACAAGGGACAAGAGGAACACUUACAUUACUAUCAUUAAAGUGAAUUUCCUAUGUUCAGAGUGCCCUGUGAGAGGCUGCUCAGCUCCCUGAGAAUGUAGAGACUGAAGCAGCUUGGUUCAAGCUAGGCAAGAGGGGAGCCAGAAGGAGCCAACUGGUUGGUAAGCUGCCACUUGACUACCCCUUUAAUAAAUCGGGUAGCCAACAUGGUGACCUCCAGAUGUUGUUGACCAUUAACCCUGACCAUUGGCUCUUAUGACUGGUUGGUUAUUCCUGCCAUGAGGUAUGCUGGACCCUUGCAGUUUGAGGCUUUGAAGAUAAAUGCCAAGAAAAUGAUAAUAUGUGAAGCUGAAAAAAUACAAGUGUUUCCUUUCGUCUUUCCUGACUCAUCCAAUAUUAUUCUUCCUUGGAUGACCCUGCGUUCUAGUAUUAUGACAGUGGGCAGCAAAGCCUCUCUUCAUCCACACCAUGUAUAUUUUUAUACCCUGGUGUUUUGUCCAGAAAAAGGUUGAGCAAGACUUAUUUUUCUUUUUACUUGAUAAAUUUAUUAUUCCCUUGAACAGAUGUUAAUAUAACUGGCCUGUAAUUUCUUGGAUCCUCUCUGAAUGCCUUUUUAAGAGCUGAUGUUACACUGACCACUUUCUCGUUCUUGGGUAUGGAGGCUGAUCUUAUGGAUACUUUGCAUAAUUUUGUUAGAAGAUCUGCACUUUCACAUGUCAGUUGGGUCAGUUGGGUAGAGUUAGGCAAGUGCUGGCCUAAGGGAUCUCCUGUCAUUAUGCUUUGCCCCGGCUUCCAAGACUCUCUAGGUCUAGGACUUCCAGAUAAGUUAGCUCAUGCACAAGGAUCUCCCCUACAUCUUCCACAGUGAAGAGAAAAACAAAAGAUUUCAGCUUCUUGCCAAUCUCCUUUUACUCUUUUAACAUUUUAAGUCCCUUCUAUACCAAAAGUUCAACCACCUCCUUAGCUGGUUUCCUACUCCUAGUAUAUUUAAAGAAUUGGUGGUGGUGUUAAUUGUGGGAUUUGUGAAGGCAUGCAUAUGGAAGAGAGGAAAAUAACAGGAGGCUAUAGUGAAGACUGCUUCAUAUGUUGCUGUAACACCUGAAACAGUGCUUCAUGAAUAUAGUUAGACCAGGAAACUGCUUUGAAAAGUUCUGGAAAGAAAACCCUUUGAAAAUAGCAGAAGAGAUGGCAAUGCCUUUGUUUAAAGACCCCAACACCUUGGGAGAGGUUGAUUUAUCAACUUGUAACACAACUUAAUAGUGAAAACAAUCCAGCAUGAGAGCAGUUGACAGGAAAUGCCCUUUCUUGUACCUUCAUAGGACCGCAUGUUUAUGUCCUUUCACAAUGUAGCCAUUCUGAGAUAGCUAAAGUCUAUGUCCUAUUUUGUUUCCAAAAGAAGACUGUAAGAACUAGAGUGCUGCUUCUGUUGAGGCAGGCUGGGUGACAAAUUCGUACUGGAAGUUGUUAGUCUUUUCUUGCCCCACCCCCACCCCACCCCACUGUGUUCCUGGUGAGCACCCACAUUUCAGGAGAGAACUGAAUAGUUGUUACUCUGGUAUUGAUUCAUCUCUUAACCCACCAAAAGAAAGAGCAGAGAAAUAUGAUUGUGUUGGGGAUGGGAAAUAGAAUUUCUGGGAGCUAAACUCUCAGAACUGGUCGCACAAGUAUUGUGGCUGAGAAACAAAUUUGAUUGCUGGCAGGCAAGGUUUUGCUACCCAGGAGCAAGGUAGCAGGGAUGUUGUAUCAAAGGGUUUUGACACCACUUAGUGUUUUAAGGCUGUGAAAUGGGGCAAAUACCUUAUGCUUCCUCCAAAUUUCAUGGGUAUUAAAAGACUCUUGGAGAGUUUGUCUGUUUUAAAUGACAGUGAUCAAGAAAAUAGCAUCUUUCCUCCACAUUAACACUCCAUAUAAAAUCUCCUUUGUUCUUGACCUAAGGGCCUCAGCCUCAAAAAGUGUUUGGCUGGGGGGAGACUAGAGGUUGGGAAGAGUCAGCUGCACACAUAUGAACCAUAGUUGCUGCAUUCCCUCGAUCAUUUUGGUUGCCCUUUUCUGAACGUUUUCAGUUUGGAGAAGUCCCUUUAGAGCGCUUCACAAUUUUGGGCAAAAGAUUCCUGAAUUGCAGGAGGCUAGCCUAGAUAAUCCUUGUGGUCCCUUCCAACUCUGCAAUUCUAUGGUUCUAUGAUUCUUUUGUUUUAAUGACUCUGAACACCAUCAGCAGACCUGGCUGCCUCACUACUUGCACCUCAUUUUAGAUAGUUUAUGAACAAGUCACUUUUUAAAUAUUGAUAUUACAUUGACAACUUUCCAGUCCUGAAGUAUGGAGGCUGAUUUGAGGGGCAAGUUACAUAUUUUUGUUUAGAAGAUCAGCAAUCUCACAUUUGAGUUCUUUGAGAAAACUAAGGUGGGUACCAUCUGGACCUGGCUAUUUGUCAGUUUUUAUUCUAUCUAGGAAGAUUAACAAAUUCGGUGUUGUACUUAACAAGGUAGUGCUAGUCAUGAGCAACCAAGAAUUUCAUGCAGGUGGAUAUGUAUGAAAGUUGAUGGCAGAAGGAUCAUACUCACAUACUUCUUUACAAGACUGAACAAAUGUAUUAUGGUGUAAGCUUUCACAGACUAGAGUCAACCUCAUCAGAUACAAGAAAUGUUAUCCUAGGUUGGCAAGUAUAUAUAUACAGUGGUACCUCGGGUUAAGUACUUAAUUUGUUCCGGAGGUCCAUUCUUAACUUAAAACUGUUCUUAACCUGAAGCACCACUUUAGCUAAUGGGGCCUCCUGCUGCCGCCGCACUGCUGCCAGAGCACAAUUUCUGUUCUCAUCCUGAAGCAAAGUUCUUAACCCAAGGUACUAUUUCUGGGUUAGCUAAGUCUGUAACCUAAAGCAUAUGUAACCUGAGGUACCACUGUAUAUUCAUAUGGGUAUGCAUUGAAAAGCUUAAACCAAAUAGUAAUGAAACUGUUUUAGUAAAUAUUUUGCUUAACACUUUAUCAGAAUUCAGAUAAUCCUCCAAACCAAGUCUCUCAAGUCCUAGUUUUGAUGAUGAGGCAUGAUCCACAGACUUAAGUUCUCCAUCUUUCCAACCCUAGGGUUCCAAAAUUUUGACUACAAAUAACCAAGCUGACGUAAAUAGUGACAGUGACAGUCUUGGCCUUUUGUCUGACUGUCAAAGAUAGGAGUUGGCAGGUUGGCUGGAAUACAUUUUUUAUUACUGGUAGUUAGCAAUAUCUGUAGGCUGGUUUUGCAAGAUUGCGUGAUCAUGGAUAGGAAAAAGUGAUGGCAGAAUAGUGCAGUGGUUUACUCUUUUGGGAUGAUGCUGAUUACAUUAUACGCAUACUUCCACUGGUUUUUCUAGUUCCUAUAGGACACUGGGUUUGUUGCACAUAAAUUCUGUUGCCAUGUCUAAUCUGUUUGUCAAUAUUUUUGCCACCUGGACUGUGAAAAGGCUCAAGACAUAUGACCUUCUCAUGUUCUUACCAACUAGUUAACCCUUAACACUGGGCUUAUCUUUUGAUCUACUCACAAAAGCACACAAGGACUGCUACACUUGUUUAUUUGCUAGGCAAGGAACUGGAAUGUUGCAUAUCCUGUCUUCUAGGAUGAGGUCCAUGCAGCUUAUGCAAUGUACUAUUCUAUUAUACAGUUGACUUAAUUGAGGAAUUAACUAUGUGCAAAUCUUGAAAGUUUGAGGAUUCCACUUUUAGCAUUUGGUGAAAUUUUAGCAGGAUUAACUAAAAUUCUUUUAUUGAAUGAGUGUUUUAGUUAAUUUCAAAAGUGCAUGUUAACUAGUCUAAUAUAUGUUCAGAGUUUUUCUUACCCGAUUCCUGUAUUAGCAACAGCAUAAAAAGGAAUAAAUUCCAGGGUCUAAAAAUGAGUCUAUUGAAAUUCAUCUUGUUAGUUUUUGUCCACUUCUCCAAUCUGUUAUAAAGUCAUAUUGAAUCCUGUCUUCUGCAGUAUAAGCUACCCCUCCCUGUUUUGUGCCAUCUUCAGAUUUGUUGAGUAUCCCCUCCGUUCCUUCAUCUAAGUCAUUCAGAACCUAUGACACUGCACUUGCUUUUUUUCUGGGCAGGUGAGAAAUUGUUAGUGAGCCAUCUUGGGUUUGGUCGGCUACAACCAGCUACAAAUCCACCUAAGUUACAUUGUUAGUUCCAUGGUUCCCUAAGCAUUUAUUUCAAGUAUAAAAAAUGAGCUGCCCAUUAUACAUGUUCCUACUAAACAGGCUUAUUCUGCUUUGUAGCAGCCUAGUACUAACACCUCCCACCUUGAAAUUUCUGGUUUGUUUGUUUGUUUUUACUCCCUGAGGCCAGGAUUCUAUUUUACUUUUCCUUGAGGUAUAUUAUUUUGUUUGAUAGGAAGAACAGAAUAUGAUUUUGCCUGUAGGAUCUUAAUAGCUAGGUGUUUUACAGUUGAGCCAGCAAAAGUUGAAAAACACUGCUUUAGUCAGCAUUUCAUUCCUUGGAUUUCUUCCUAGAUUUGAAGAUUAAAUAAAAUGCAAAAUGAACUGAAAGACUCAUCGUUGUCUUUAUAUUUGGCAUAACUAAGUUAUUAGUAUUCUUUAAUGCCAUAGAUGUGUAAAUACAAAGAGAAUAUGUGUGAUUCAGCAAAUGGUGAAAGCACUGUAAUUUGACAUGAUUAGAGGCAAGAGCACACAACUUGCUGCUAUUGUAGGGAAUAAUUUUAAAUUAGCAAGACUAUAAAGCAUAAUGGGUGCCUCAUUUGGCUUUUUAUAGCUAGAAACCAGCAGCAUGCAAUUGUUCUUUUAUUUCAGGCAUCAGGGGUUAUUAGAACAGUGGUAAUGAUAAUGUAAACUGGCCCCUGGAGUGGGGAGAGAACCCUGCUGCUUGAAAGUAACAAUAUGGCUAAGGACUGAGAAGGUAAAAAUGCCUGGAGUCUGCACACGGCACUCUCCACCACUGAUGCAUGCUUAGGGGCAUCCUUUAAUUCCUACCACCACCCUUAAGCUCUGACUGUUGUUGGUCAGGGCUCACUGUUUAAAUUUAUUACAAUGCUGUGGAACUCUACUACAUCAAGGUUAUUGUGGAAAGUGAUGCCUAGUGCUUAUCAUGGCACUUCUGCCUGCCAGACAGCCUCUGCAACCACCACCAGGUAAGCCCUCUAUGGAAAAUCCAUAUAGGAGUAGCCCCAAGGGACAGGACUUUGCUGAGGAAUCCUUCAAGCCUUUAACUGGUCAGGUUGGCUUCUGUAGCAGCCUUCGUAUAGCCACUGUUAAUGCUACUUAAAAAUUUCUCUUUGCUUUUGAUGUUAUAGCGCAGCAUGGGCAGGUUUUCAAAGGUUCUUCCAUCAGGAAUCCAUUCCAUAUUGACUGGGAAUCCUCAAGUGUCUGCUGUGGAAUUCAUGAUACUGAAACAAAUCCGUGAGUGUAGGUAGCUCACAUGGAACACUGGCCAGUCCUGCUGGGUCUCAUCAGUGUAUCCUAGGAUGCAUCCAACACACUCUAGCUGCUGCACAUUGCUUGGGAAGAACAAGUAGUGGACGAGCUUUUAGAGGUAUUUCCCCCUUGUUACCAAUCUUGUUACCAAACACUCAAGCUUGCAUAGAAUGCCCAGCUCUCUUGGAAUACAGCUUGAAAACCAGUGAGCUGAAUAAAGCCUCAUUUCCUCUAUCAGUAAUCAGGGGACUUUUAAAAGCUGAGUUUCUUUAAACUUUAGAGCAGGGUCUCCCAAACCAGUUGUUGGGACUACAACUUCCAUCAUCCCUAGCUAGCAGGACCAGUGGUCAAAUAUGAUGGGAAUUUUAGCCCAAAAACAACUGGAGACCCAAGUUUGGGAAACCCUGGUUUAGAGUAAUAAAGUACUGCAAAUACUUAAGUUCUAGCCUGAUAACUGCAGCAUAUAUAAUUUAUAUAGUUCUUCACAUUUUUAAAAGAAACACCUAAGCAGUUCACAAAUAUUACAAGCAAAGUACAAAAAAUGCUAUAAAAUAUUAGAGAUAAAAAUCAAAAAUUAUAAAUACAUUGCAGAACUUCCAUCAUUUAAAAUACAUUAACACAGCCAGUAACAGAACAGUUUAACUCUUCUAAACAUUAAAGAACACAAUGUGUGAAACAUUAAGUAGAUGGGGCUUCGGGAAUCUCUUUUAAGAGGCUGCUCCAGAGGGUUGUUGAAGCAGCUUAAAAAGCUUGCCAUGGAAUUUCAUGCACACUGGUGAAGGAGAGACAGGGUGCUGCAUCUCUUACCUGUGCCCAGCAUAGGGCUACUCACUUUUGUAGAACCAGAACAAGAUGCUUUUUAUUGAUUAUCAGCUUUAUGCAACUGCAUAGGAAAAUGAAAGUAACCACAAGAACACUAAUGGGUGGAGUCUUGGCUCCAACCUAUAAUACCUGGAGACAAUGUUUAACUUGUAUCAUUACCCAUUACUACAGAAACCAGUUGGGCUGCCAGAGGAGGCAAAGCCCUUCCUCAUUCGUCAUAGAAAUUGCAGGUAGCUGCUAAAGGAGAAUCAUAACUCUUUUUAGCCUAAGAAGCAUUUUUUGUGAGGCAAUAACUUUUGUGGGUUCAUUUAUAAGCCUAAAAUAAUGCCCAGUUUUACACAUAUGGUAGUAAAGAACCAAUUCAGAAACUGUUAUUGAAUAACACCACAUGGAACAUCUGCUUUCUGAUUCAGUCACUGAGGACUCAACAGACUAGUUCCAGCUUGCCAUACUUAGGAGGGCUUUUCACUUUACCAUCGUGCAGACAGGUGUGGAUUGUCUUUCAUCGCUAAGGUCAGGUCUGAGUUUUUAACAGUCUGAGCAGCUUCCUUUUAUGGACUUAAGAGAAGUAAUGAGGUACAUUCAACACUUUCUUGGAUGUUAGAAAUCUGAGCCUCGGUGGUUAAGAGCUACCUUGAUUUGAUCUCCAAGAAUUUUGUGUAAAACUUGGGCAGUAAUGGAGUAAAACAUCAGUAUUUGAAAGAAAGUUUAUUUUACUCUAUUUUUUUUCCUGUCAGGACUUCAAGGUGGCUGACAACAAUGAAGAAUUUAAACAGAAGCUGAAAUUGUAUGUUGGGCAGCUUACGGUCCUUCCCCCUUUUUUCUGUACAUUAUGAUGAGCCAGCAUAAUUUUUACCCCAUUGAAUGCAGACCUUGGCCAAUCUAGAUGGGUUGCUUGAAGUGGUAGUAAGUUGUGAUUGGCUUGAUGGGUCACAAGGUGUUCAGGGCUGUGUUAAAUAUGUAGAAAUCUGAGGGCAUAAAGCAGGGAUGGGGAACAUGUGGCCUUCCAGAGAUCCUCCAGAUUACAACUCCCUGGCAUAGAGACUGGCCUUCCAUUACUCUGAUAUUUCAUUUUGUUGUGUUGGGGAAAUACUGGGGUUCCAGACCGAUACCCUGGGCUGCCUGGAAUAGCCAAUAGAAUUCAUACACUAAUUAUCAGUCAAACAGGAGGUCAUUAUUUAGCAUUGCAAGGGACACUAAUUAGGCCGAGAGGAAAGCGCCUCAUUGGAUAGAAGAUACAGCAAUAUUUAUACUUUAAGAAUUCCUAAACAACAGCUAUGUGUCCGGCUAAGUCAUGUGGCAUAUCAACUGACAUAGCAACAGACUUCAGCCUUACCUCCUCCUUCCAGCAGUUUCUCCAGCAAACACAAUAUUCACAUUCAUUUCCUCAACCCUUCUCUCACACAUUUCAAUUCUAUAAUGUCAGUUUCUCCCACAACAUAUUUUUAGUCCUUUUUCAUUACAUCUCUGCCCUGUUGACCAGUCUCUUUCCUCUUAAAUUGUUAUGAGUCUCUAUCAUAACAAAUAUUAAAAACAGAUGUAAAAUAUAUCUUUAUUAUGUGAUUAUGAAAUGGGCUAGGUUGGAAAUGUAAAAUAAAGUUACAUAAAUACACUAGUUAGAUAUUUUACUGAGGGUUUGUACUUUGUUUAUAAUUACCAUCUGCAAGGGUCACAAUGAAUAUUUGCUGAAUAUGACUUUAGUUACUUAAUGAAGGGUGUUAACUGCUUGCAAAGUUAAUAAUCUUCUUGAAUGUGUAUUAUAAGAUGCUUGGGUGAUAACAAAAAUAUUCUCUUCUAAGUUUGUAUUAAAAUUGUCUAAGGAAGUGACACAAAUAUCUGUAUCUGUUUAUAGUUGCAAAACUGCUCAGCUUAAAAGCAUCUCUUCUCAGACAGCUUUGUCAAUGUCAAGCAAUAAAUCUGUCAGCAGACUGAAAAUGAGUUUUGAAUUGGAUCAUAAGUUGCAAAAGUAGCAUUAAUGUACCCAAUGACAUCAGUCUUAACUGGGUGGGUGGAGAGUGGAUCAAUUGCAGGUAAUUUUAAAUGGCCUUACAAACAAAUGUCUUCAGUUAUCUAAAGUACAUUACUUAUAUGUAAAUAUUGUAUCUUUUACUACAUGAAAUUUGUAUACAUUGCAGAGUAAAGUAGUGAUCUCAUCUUUUUAAUUAAAAAUUCAUUUGAUGGUUUGAAAUAUUACCUAAUUUUAAAUUUUUCCUUUCUACCUUAUCAAGUAGGAAGGGGCAGAAUUUGUUCUGUAAAGAUCCUUUGCAGCACCUCCCGUAGUUGGAAAUAUUGGGAUAAUUUGUUGACAUUUCACACAACUCCUGCCACUGUUGCUGAACAGUGGUUCAUAGUUCUUAUUCACAUCAGUAAAGGUUUACCAACCCAAGCCACAAGGCAGAGAAUGUAAAGUCAGACUAAUUAGUGACCUCACGUGAAGUGCACAUUGCAGGGGAAGAUCUCUAACCAUAGAAAAGCACUAUCGUUUGCCCUCAAUCAUUUUCUUAUUGAGGCUGCCCUGGUGAGAAUUUCAUGGAUAAAAUUUGAAAGAUACUGUCUACCAUACCACUUUUUUUGUUAAAGAAUAUUGGCCCUUAUUUCAUCAAAGAUAAACUUUUAAAAGUGUACUUAAACAAAACAGGCAAGGAAAAGAGUGACCUGUGACAUCACAGCUUUCUCCCAGAAAACCAGACUUGGAUCAGUCUGCUGGUGUAACAUUCUGAUAAGCAUUUGUUUCUUCAUUUUAGGUAUCUUCUCUUCACUACCACCAAAAGACCUGCCUUGCCCCCUAAUUGUAAACACGCCAGAUGUUGGGUGCCAUGGCUGAGACUGCAGGAGAAGAGCCGGUCUUCAAACUUGGAGAACGGUGCCAUGAGUGUGGGCAGCUCCACUUGUUGCUAGACAAUCAUCUUUAUAACUUCCAGGAUGAAGUGGAUGAUGAGCUCACUUGCCAUAUUUGCCUUCAGCCUUUGCUGCAGCCUAUGGACACACCUUGUGGACACACAUACUGUUUUAAGUGCCUUGAGAACUUCAUGCAGGAGUAUGACUUCUGCCCUAUGGAUCGGAAAAAGCUGUCCUUCCAUCAGUGCCGGAAGUCUUCCCUUUUAGUGCGGAAUUUACUUGAUAAGCUCAUUGUCCUCUGCCCCUUUCAAGAAGAUUGUAAGCACACUAUGCAACGGUAUGAGUUAGAGGCUCACUUGCAAAACAGGUGUGUAUAUGGUUCAGUAGUGCCAUUAACUAUACUUGCAUCUUAUCCUCUCUGGCUCCUUCACCUUUAUUAGUAACUUCUAAUUUCUGUUUAUUUUUGGCCUGAAUAUUGCAUAUAUUAACAAUAGAGGGCAACUGGGCAGCAUUCUUGGUUAAGAAAUAGAUCGCUUGACUGCUAAAAUAUGUUAAUGGGCUAGUUCCCAUUUUUCAAAUGUAUGUAUUCGUGUGGAAGUUUUCUGUUUCUUUUUUUAUAAUAAUAUUUAUUAAAUUUUCUAUUUUAACAAUCCAAUAAAAAACAAAUUAAUAACAUUCCAAAUUAUACAAUAAUCAAACAAUCAAAAUUUUAUUCCAAAUUAUAAGUCUUGGGUUGGCUUCCCAUGCCCUGAGGUUCGGGGGGUGAUGAUGAUCUCACAUUUAUGCUGCUUCUCUUAAUUAGUCCAGGUAGUUCCAAUAAAACAAUCCGAUGUUAAUCCUUCAUUUAUUUUUAACAGCCUCUGAGUUCGUCUGACAGGCAGGUUAGACCAAUAUAGUAUGUUUCUUUGUGGGUGUUUUAAAUAGCGGGCCAGUCUUAUGAAAGUGCCAUCCUUCCUCUUUCUGGAGUAAUUUUAAUUCCCCUUUCCUUUCCUGACAUAAUCAUAGUCUUAUGUGUAUGUGCUAAUGUAAGCCAUCUUUCUCUAGAUUAAAAUUUUGACUAGUGAAGAAAGCUAUAUGGAUAGUUUCAACAAAAAUGUUUUUACAUUGUCAAACAUAGGAAGUUUUUUACUACAAUCUUAGCCUCACUUCUGAGUAGACAAGGUUAGGAUUGUACUGUUAAGUUGCAAAGCUGCUGAUGGCUCUCACAAGCACCUGCAUGUGAAGAGCUGCUGGUCUAAUUGGACUUUAAUUGUUCAUUUGGCAAGUAUUCACACAACAAGUUGAUAAUUUCUAUUAUUUCCUAUGGGAACAUUUCUAAUCCAUGAGAUAUCUCUUCUCUAUCCCUCCCUGGUUUCUGCCUGAGAUCGCUGCAGCCAAUCAGGAAAGACCAAACAAAGGGAAAACAGCUCUCCUCCCUGAUUCUCCAAUCUCGAUCCCUGCCCCUUUGAAAUAGUUUCCACCAACCAGCAAAACACAAGAAAGAAGUGGCAAACUCUAGCUGAUUGGUUAUUUGAAUUCUUUGUGUUCAGAUAACUGAGAUUUCAGAUACCGAGCUUUCCAGUAGUGGCACCUGCAUGUAUUACAGCCUUUCCACUGUAGGUUGUGGUGUGCCUAUUACAUUUAUUUCAGUACUAGACUGUAAACAGAACCUAUCUUGUGUUUGACAUAUAUAUCAUACAUAUCAUGAGCUAAUAAAAAGAGCAAACAUGUUUCAGUAAUUUGAAGGCUACGUGUUUGUUUCUAUCAGAACAACACACUUUUUUUCUGUAGCAGUAAAUAUCUUUGCUCCUACUUAACUACUGUUGAUAAUGGAUCUGAAGACAAAUCAUCCUAUAAAUUAGCCAUUAAGGUGUAACAUAGCAGACUGGUGCUGAUACAGACUGACUGAAGACUGUCCAGAUGGCAAUUGAGUUAGAAUUUGGGUAUGUCUGAAUGUUACUUUUUAAAAAAGUUAUUUUUUCUGAUAUAGUGCACACUAAAAAAAAGAUAUUUUUUAAAAAAUACCAAAACAAUUCAUAAUUUGUAAAACAGCAUUGCAAACAAAGUCCAAAAAUUUAAAAUAUUCUAAUAUUUUGUCCUCAAUCUCUUAAUUUUAUAAAGAACAGAUAAUGUUUUGGCGAACUAAGACCUUAUUAACUAUUUCUAAUUAGGCUAUGUAUUUAAUGAGCCCUGUAUCACUCCUUAACUGAUCCAAAAAUGAUUAAGUUGUCUCCAACUAAGUUUUACUCAGAGUAGACCUAAUGGACCUAAAUUAGUCACGUUAAUUAUUUUGAGUGAGUCUACUCUGAGUAGGAUGUGCAUUAGGUACAACUCACCCUUCCUCAAGCUGGUGUGUGGACAGCUUGUUAUUCUGAAAAAACAUUUUUUAGAUGUUUUCAUUUAUUGUUUGUUUGGCUACCACCCUAGGCACCUUUGAAAGGAUGAGCAGGAUAUACAUCUAAUAAACUAAUAAACAGAAACAGUAGUUCAAGUCAGACUAUCCUGGAAAUGGGCCAUGGAUUUGUGACUUCCCUCCUUCCUUCUCAGUUGGCUUGACUCUUAUCUUAUUCAACACAAACAGUAGUUUGAACAUUUGCCAUCUCUGCAAGCUGAAAGUGAAGCCAAGAGAGAGUGGGAUGGAAGAAAAUAUGUGAGACUUCUGCUAAUUUGGCUUUUCAGUUGAGCCAAUGGGUUAUAAAUGGAUAAUCUAUUUACAUUUAAGAUUUAAACCCACCUGGUAACACCUGGUACAGAGUCUCAAAUAAACAUGAAUAGUUACGCUUCCUCUGAAACAUGGUUCUCCUAACUAAAUGAGUGUAGUUCUAAUGUUCUUCUGAAUCAGUAUCAUUGAGGAGUAUUUCCGAAGUAUAUGGCUUGAGGAUUUUGGUCAUAGUGCUUUGGUGGGCUGCAUGGAAACUUUUGAGUUGAGGAAUAUGGAUGCCGAGUCAAAUAUAAAGCUACACUGGAGAUAUAGAAGAUGAGAUGCUUCCUAGUUAAUUUUUGCCCUAAUUGUCAAAACUUAAAUACACACUAAUGAUAAUGCUUGGCAGCAUCACUGAUAAACCAAAGAAAAAAGGGGGAUCCUUAUUAACAUAAUUCCGAACUUAGUGCCAACAAGUCCUCAUUUUGACUCAUCAAUGUGCCCCCCCCCCAUAUACCCCUAAGCUCUAAUGCAUCUGGGAGUCUAAAUUUGCUGUCUUGUUCAUUCCUUGGCAGCCCUAGAGAGAGCUUAACAGUUGAAAAAAAUUCUUUGAGCUAAGCAAACUUAAAAAAAAUGAAUCACUGUAACCUGUUAUAUAAUUGACUUGACAGAAAUCAUUAGAAAAUAUAUGGGACGUACAAAGCACCUCUUGAAAACUAAAGGUGUGGACUACCAAUAUGCUUAAUUCACAGCAAUUCUUUUGCUCUUCUUCAGUCCCAAAUAUUUGCUUAUGCAUUAAAAGAUGCUUAUAUUGUAACAUACAGUGCUUGAUUAGCAAACAAGGGAGCAAAUGAGAGUUACUCCAUAGCAAAUGAAAGUAACGCCUUUCUCUCCUCUCUGAUUUCUUAAACUUACUGAUUUAUUUAAGCUGACAAUGACAUCUGCAUAUUGGAUAGGAAAACUACGUGAAAGCAGCCACCCCACCCAUCCUGUUGGUGGAAACUGUGUGGUUGUCAAAACUUGUGUUGCUUUGUGAAGUACUUGUAUGUCCCUAUCAUAAUGGUGUGUAAUGAAAGAUAGAUCUCCUUUCAUAGAUGUUUGCUUUCUCGUGCAGGUGUCCUGGGUUCAAGAAGUUCAAAGCUCAUCUUGAAAGGAAAAAGAAUCCUCGCUUCAGGUUGAAGGGAGAUUCUCUUUCCAGACAGGAAGCGAGUACUGUAAAGGAGCCUGAGAUAUUGAACGCAGUGCCGUCCCUUGUUUCUGGAAGUUCAAUAGCUGCAGUGGUUUCCCUGGAGACACCGGAGCCUGGAUUGAUUAAUCCAGCCUUUGAUGGGAGUGAAGAAGGUAUGCAUUCAUCUCUCAGAAUGAAUUCUAUGGUCAGAGAAAGCAAAUCUGCCUUUGCAAAAAUUAUUUUGAGUUUUCAUUCCAUCUGAUAAGUUUACAAAAAUUCAUUAGUUUGUGGUAAAAGAGUUGAAAGCUACAGUUUUAUAAGCAAGGCUGCUCAAAUUGUGGUACAGUCAAACCUCAGUUGUCGAACAAUCAGUUCCAAAAGCCUGUUUGGCUUCCGAAAUGUUCGACAAUGAAGGCGCAACUUGCGAUUGGUUGCAAGAGCUUCCAGCACUCAAGCGGAAGCUGUGUUGGACGUUCGGCUUCCGAAAAUCAUUCAAAAACCGGAACAUUUACUUCUGGGUUUUCAGCGUUCGGGAGCCGAAAGCUCCAAAAUGGAGGUGUUCAGGAGCUGAGGUUUUGCUGUACUGAGGGCAGAACUCAACUUUCUAAGAAUCUUGACUUUAUUUUUUUAUUUUUUUUGAAGGUAAGUUGCAAAGAUACAUGUUUGAAAAUUUGUGGACAAUGCAUUUGAAAUCUCAGAAGCCAAAUAAGUAGCUUUGUAGGAUUUCUAGUAGUUUGUAAGCAGGGAUUCAGUGUCUUGCAUAGAUUUUUUACUCUCCUAUGAAUAAUAAAACCUAAAUAAGAGGAAAUAGUCAAAUAGUCAUUUGCAUUGUUUAUAUAGAUUGCAUAGUGCAGAUUUUCUCAGUGCAGGAGUUCCAUUGGAGCAGUAUUUAAGUUUUUAAGAAGUGUAGAAUGCAUAGCCCUGUUUAUUUAAGUUUCUAUUUCAGUUUAUUUAUUUCUGUCCAUAAUAAGCACAGGUGCUGUUGAUUGUACUGUAGUUGUACAAUACAUAUCCACAGAUGAACCAAGGAGAGGGGACAAAAGUGCUCUUUUGAAAACAUCCUGUAUAGUUCACUUUUGUUUCUGUUUUGCUAGGAAUAAAGGAAAAUUAAGUCUUAGGAAAUGGAAAGUUAUACUUAUUUUGCAUACUGGGCUGUUCAGAAUCAGUGAAAUAGGUCACCAGUAUUUAAAAUUUCUAGAUUUGAUCUGCAAGUGUGUCUCCUUUGUCUUCCCUCUCCCAUCUCUGAUUCUCACUUUCAGAUUUACCCCAAAGAGCCAGUCUUUUAGCAGAGACAACUACAAUUGAAAUUCACCGAGAAGACCCUGAGGAAGAACUUGGGAUGCGGAUAGUUGGGGGUAAAGACACCCCACUAGGCAACAUUGUUGUCCAAGAAGUUCUUCGGGAUUCAGUUGUUGCUGCAGAUGGAAAAAUAGCACCUGGAGACCAUAUCCUGGAAGUAGGUUUGAUAUAAUUAAAAGGCUUCAGAGUAAAAUUACAAAUCAAUUCCAGGACACUAAAAUGCAAAAUCAUGUUUGAAAAUUAGUUUGCAAGGGGAGGAGAUAUAUGGGAGCAUUUUGAAAGUAUUUAAACUGGUGUAAAGAUUUGGAAGAAAAGAAUAUCCACUAUAAUAAGAAUCUAUUCAUUUAAGUGGAUAUCAAACUAUCCUUAAAAUGACAAGUGACAAAACACUAGGAUUGGAUGGAUUCCCCACUGAAUGUUAUAAGACAUAUAUAGAUAUAUUGGCACCAAAACUUCAUCAAUUAUAUGAUGAGAUACUUCAUGAAGGUAUUUUGUCAACAAUAUUUAAUCAAGCUUACAUUACAGUUAUUCCCAAACCAGAUAAAUACUAUACACAGUGCGCAAACUAUUGCUCUAUAUCCUUGAUCAAUGUUGAUACAAAGAUCCUAACUGUGAUUCUAGCAAAUAGAAUUCAGCAGGUAAUAGCAGCAAUUAUCAAGAGUGACCAGACUGGCUUUAUAAAAACAAGAUAAGCUGCAGCUGAUAUUAAAUUAGUGGUGGAUUUGGUAGCUCUAAAUAAAAAUAAAGACCAUUUGUAAUCACAUCGCUAGAUGCUGAAAAGGCUUUUGACAAAAAUCUAUAAACAGUAUAUGGAAGUAAAGGUAAAGGUACCCCGGACCGUUAGGUCCAGUCACGGACGACUCUGGGGUUGCAGCGCUCAUCUUGCUCUAUAGGCCGAGGGAGCUGGCUUUUGUCCACAGACAGCUUCCGGGUCAUGUGGCCAGCGUGACUAAGCCACUUCUGAUGAACCAGAGCAGCGCAUGGAAAUGCCGUUUACCUAUUUAUCUACUUGCACUUGAUGUGCUUUCGAACUGCUAGGUGGGCAGGAGCAGGGACCGAACAAUGGGAGCUCACCCUGUUGCGGGGAUUCGAACCACCAACCUUCUGAUCGGCAAGCCAUAGGCUCUGUGGUUUAGACCACAGCAAUACCCGCAUUAAGUAGCUUUACUUAAAUUUGGAUUUUCAUUGGAUUUCAUAAAAUGGAUUAAAGUAACGUAUGAAGCACCUGCAUCAAGAGUCAAAGUGAAUGGUAUUAUGUCUGCCACUUUUCCUCAGGCCCAAGGAACCAGACAAGGAUUUCCACACUCACCAUUGCUUUUUAACAUUUGCAUUGUGAUAUUUACAGUGUAGUUCAUAAUACAUUCAAAUAUAAAUUAGUUUUAUUUGCUGACAAUAUUUUAUUGUUUAUUUUGAAACCUCAGACUAGCAUUCCCAUUUUGAUGCAAAUGAUUGAUGCUUUUGGUAAAAUAUAUGGUUAUUCUAUUAAUUGGUCCAUUUGGAAUUGAUGCCAGUAGGUCAAAAUCUGAUUACACAUUCUUUCAAGUACAGUAAUACCUCCGUGAAUGUCUGCCUUGUCUAGCGUCCAUUCUGGCGAACAUCCACGGCAAACCCAGAAGUACUGGAACGGGUUACUUCCGGGUUUGACGCAUGCGCAGAAGCACUAAAUUACACAUGCGCAGAAGCACAAACCGCUCUGUGUGCGUGCGCAGAUGUGGUGCUUUGCCCUGCGUCCUUUUUGGCUAGUGGCCGGGGCUCCGGAAUGGAUGCCAGACGCAAAACAAGGUACGACUUAUCAGUUCUGGAUUUGUUCUGAAUAUAUUAAAUAUCUAGGCAUUCUAAUACCAAGAGAUAUAACACAGAUAAUUAAACUUAAUAUAAAUAAAUUAAUAAAAGAGGUUUCUUCAGAUAUAGAUAAAUGGAAGUCAUUGAACCUUACCCUUUGGGGAAGGGUUAAUGCUCUCAAAAUGAGUACAGUGGUACCUCGGGUUAAGUACUUAAUUCGUUCCGGAGGUCCGUUCUUAACCUGAAACUGUUCUUAACCUCAAGCACCACUUUAGCUAAUGGGGCCUCCCGCUGCCACCAUGCCGCUGGAGCACGAUUUCUGUUCUCAUCCUGAAGCAAAGUUCUUAACCCGAGGUACUAUUUCUGGGUUAGCGGAGUCUGUAACCUGAAGCGUCUGUAAUCUGAAGCGUAUGUAACCUGAGGUACCACUGUAUUAUUCCCAUACCAGAUUAAUAUAUAUUUUGAGAGGACUUCCAGUUUUUAUGUCAGGAUCAUAUUUCCAAAAGAUAAACUUCCUGUUUAGGAAAGCUGAUAGAUGAGGAAGAUGAGUUUUACAGUUAUAUUGUUUUAAGACAAAAAUAUCAUCUACCAGAUGGGGCCCAGCGGCAGUACCUUCAGUUACAACAUCUCCUAACUAGUUUGUAUGGCCCAGCAGCUUUCUGAGUCUUAAUCUUAUAUUAAGACUAAUACAGCAGAAAAUAAUAUUUAGAAGCUAUUGGACUCCUUCAUGUCUGUAUUUAAAAAAGGAUUUGCCAAGAUUGCAAGAUGCUGAAGAUGUGGUUCCCCCUAAAAAGUUUCCCUCCACAUUUUAUAGAAAAUGUGCUAAUUUAAAAAUAAUAUGUACUAUAAAAUAACAGUUGUAACAAUAUAUUAAGGCAAACAUUUAUCAGUUUUAGACCUUUAAGUUGUAGAGGCAGUUGCCAGGACUUUGCCCUGUUUGCCUCUACAUAGUUCCAUCCUCCGAAGGCCUUCUGGUGGUUCCCUCACUGCAAGAAGCAAAGUUACAGGGAACCAGGCAGAAGGCCUUCUUGGUAGUGGAGCCCUCCCUGUGGAACACCCACCCUUCAGAUGUCAAGGAGAUGAUGAACUACAUAACUUUUAGAAGACACCUGAAGUUAGCCCUGUAUUGGGAAGUUUUUAAUGUUUGAUAUUUUACUAUGUUUUAUAUAUGCUGUAAGCCGCCCAGAGUGGCUGGGGAAACCCAGCCAGAUGGCUGGGGUAUAAAUAAUAAAUUAUUAUUAUUAAUUUUUAGGCAUUGUGAUAUAUUUGUAUAUCAUGAUGUUUAGCUGGUGAUAUAUCGUGCUUUUGAAAACCAGACAUCACCCAGCCCUAUCACCCAAAGAGCUUUUGUUUUAGCAGGAUUCAGUCCGUGUGCUUCUUUGCCCUCAUCCAGCCUAUGGCUGCGUCCAAGCUCCAGUUUAAAACAUGCACAGCCUCUCCUGAUUAAGAUAUAAUAGAGAAAUAAAAAUUGCUGAGAAAAUUGGAGAGGCAGGAACGGACUGGUUGCAGUAUCAUCAGAUAAAUGAUUUGUUUAGAUAGGACAGGUGGAGGGGUUUUAUGACCCAAAGCUCACAUUUUGAAAGAAAGAUUAUUGAGAGUAAAGGAAAAGUGCUUUUCAAAAUGUACAAGUUAUUAUUAGAAUGGGAAACAAAAGAUGAACUGGUAAAAUCAGCUAUGAUUCACUGGGCAAGAGAUAUAGGUCAUAAUAUAGAUAUGAGUGCAUGGGAGAAACUAUGGAAUUUUUUUUAAAAAAAUUUACAGCAUGUUACACAUUGAGGGUGAACUUUAUGAAAAUGAUUUACAGGUGGUAUCUGACAUUGAGUUAAUUACCGUAUUUUUUGUUCUAUAAGACUCACUUUUUCCCUCCUAAAAAGUAAGGGGAAAUGUAUGUGCGUCUUAUGGAGCGAAUGCAGGCUGCGCAUCUAUCCCAGAAGCCAGAACAGCAAGAGGGAUUGCUGCUUUCACUGCGCAGCGAUUCCUCUUGCUGUUCUGGCUUCUGAGAUUCAGGAUAUUCUUUUUCUUGUUUUCCUCCUCCAAAAACUAGGUGCGUCUUGUGGUCCGGUGCGUCUUAUAGAGCGAAAAAUACGGUAGCUAAGAUGUAUAAAUCUGAAUCACAUAUCUGUUGGAAAUGUAAAGAAAAAGAAGGUACAUUUUAUCAUCUGUGGUAGACAUGCAAAAAGUUAAGACUUACUGGGAUAUUAUAUAUAAUGAACUGGGAGAAAAUGUUUCAAAAGACAUUUGUUAAAAGCCCAGAAACGUUUCUUUUAGGUAUAAUAGACAUAAGUGUAUUUAAAGACCAGAAAUCACUUUUUAUGUAUACAACAGCAGCAGCAUGUAUGGUAUAUGCUCUGAAGUGGAAAGAAGAUACAAUACUAACAAAGGAAGAAUGGCAGAUGAAGUUAAUAGAGUAUAUAGAUAUGGCAAGAUUGACAAACAGAAUAAGAGACCAGGAUGAAAAAGUAUUUAAAGAAGAAUAGAAAUGUUUUGUAGACUAUUUGAAAAAUUAAUGUAAACAUAUUAAAAAGUUAACAGUAGAAGAGUAAAUUCAGCAGUAAGAAUUAUUGAGAUAUAAAAUUGAGAAAAAGAAAAUGUUGGGAAAAUUAGAAUAUGUAAUGGAAAAGAAAUUAAUAAAAUGAACCAUGGAAGGGGGGAAGGGAAGUUGAAAAUAAUUGUGUGUUUUAUAUUUGGAUUAUUCUUAUUGCUUCAGUUGUAAAAAGAGAAAUGAUUUAAAAAAUGAAAGAAAUUCUUGAGGAAAUGAACUGCUCCUGUGAAGGGUGAUCGAUCUCCCUUCAUUGCUCUUAUUCUAUAUUUUCUUUUUCUUUUUUCCUGGAAGAAGGGAGGGACAGGGUAUCAUAGUACAAGGCUCUGUACCAGGUAGUAUAGUGAUCAACUCUUUGUUUUUAUUUUCUUCCAAGGUGAACGGCGUCAACAUCAGCAGUGUGACCCAUGCUCAAGCUAUCUCCUUACUGCGUCAGCGCUGUGCUGUGUUUCACUUCAUAGUACUGCAAGAGAAAGGGUUUACCACCAGAACUGGGCAACUGGAUUCCAGCCGUUCAGUAAACCAGGAAGUGAUCCAUGUUACCCUUGUAAAGAGAGACCGAUCUGAACCUCUUGGCAUCAAAUUGAUCAGAAAAACAGAUGAGCCUGGGAUUUUCAUUCUGGACCUUCUAGAUGGAGGCUUGGCAGCCAAAAAUGGGAAACUUAGUCGGAAUGAUAAAGUUCUCUCUAUAAAUGGCCAGGAUCUAAGACAGGGAACUCCUGAAGCAGCUGCACAGAUAAUCCAGGUAACUAAGUCACAGGUGGGGAAUUUUGGGCCUGUGGUUGAAUUUGGCUCUCCAGAUUGCUUUACAAAGGUAAGUGUUGUAUUUGUUGCCAUGGGCACUUUUUGCCUUUGGCCCCCAAAAUGUUAGCCAUGAGGGAAUUCAGCACUCUGGCUGAAAAAGAUUCCCCACCACUUGCUUUAAGGAGUGCCACAGUCAACACUCUAAUUAAACUUAUUUGAAUUUUCAAAUGUUGCAAGAGGGAAGCCUUGGUAAUAUGAAGAGUUCUCUUUCCCAGACCUGCAAGUGGGAUCUUUUUAUUGAUGAUAAUUGAACCUGGUUUAUUUACUAUUUAUUUUUAACUCGCACAACAAAGCAGUGAUCUGUCUCUUCCUUUUGCAAACUUGGAAGUUCAGUCUUCAGCUCGUUGUCUUUGCAUAUAUACUCUAUGUAUAGACACACAAACAAAAAUAAAUUGAUUUCACAGUUUGCCCCUCUUAUUUCUGUUUUAAUGCAAUAUGCCUGUAAGCUAUACAAGUGAAGAGUUUAAAUUAGUGCUUCCUGUUGAAUAUUUAAAUCAAUCCACUCUGUUUGCCCACUUCGUUUCAGUGCUGUCCUGUGCUUGAUAUGUCAAGUUUUAGAAUUAGAUAGGCAUUGAUUGAAAUAUGAGUAAGAAAGGGUUGUCUCCUGGUUUGUAAGCCAUAAUUUGGAGGGAGGCAGUCUUGUAUCUGCACUGGAACUUUAAAAGAACCUGGCAGCCAAGUGCUGAACUAACUUCAGCAUUCAUAUUAUAAUUAUAUUAUAAUAUUGUUGGCAUCUUUCUCAAGAGACAGUGGAAGUGUGUGCCAUCGGGGGUAAAGUCAAACCGUUGGAGAGUUACAGCUCCUGUUGUGGCUGUAGAGACCAGCAUGGAAGAGACAUGUUUUAUUUCAGCUGGGGCAGAUGAAGGUGUCUGGUUUUGCUGGGGCAGAUACACCAUGAUGUUUCUUCUCUCUGCGCUCCUCCCAGCAGUCAUUUCUCCUUUGGUUUUUGCUGUCGUCUCCAGGCACUACGGUCAUCUGCAAGGGAUUCCCAUAUGGUGGGAUUAAUGUUGCCAGCCUUCAUGUCAGAUCGCGUUUAGCCAGUGCUUCCCGCCCCCCCGGGGGGGCACUCAAGCGUACGCAGUACCAGCACUUCUAUUUUUGUUGUUAAAAAGUGGCACUUAUGUAACUACUUAAUGUACUGGCACCUCUUUUUGGGGGAGGGGGUGUUAAAAAGUGUGACACUUAGAGUAACAAUUUCAUGAUGAGUACCGGCAACUAGUUUUCUAGAGAAAAAGCACUGAGCAUACCAUUGGAGAUCCUGCCAUCUUCCAUUCUAUGUACAUGACCAAGCCAGUGUAGAUCUGGGAAUGUGGGCUUAGAAAAGCACUUAUUUGUUUGAGACUCUGUCUCAAUAUAUAUAAUUUAAUAUAAUAUGUACAUUAUAAUAUACAAAUCACCUAUUAUAAUUUUUCUAGUGACACACUGGAGAGAUCCUGCAAAUUGCAUGCUUGAACAUUAUCAUUUUAAGCUUCCUUCCUUUUUGGCUUUCUUGACAGACUUGUGAAGCGAGAGUAAACUUUGUUGUUCUCCAUCAGUCUGGUGUGCAACUCCCAGAAACUGUUGAAGAUGGCAGCGCAUCAAACACCAGCAGUAGUAGCAGUGGAGGAAGCCCAGUGCAUCGUCGCAGAAGACCUGAACAGAAUCAUUAUCGAUGGAAGUCCAAUUACCAGAAGGUAUUGGUGAUUUUAAGUUCUGGUUUUGGGUAGGGAUUGGCUUGAUUCCUUUCCUCCUUGAGUACUGGGUAUUAUGCAAAUAGCACCACCAGAUAUGAAAAAAGGCCAGACAGUGAGUAAUAAAAUAUGGGUUUAUAUUAAAAACAACUCCACAUUCAUUAUCUCCUGAGCAAAUGAUGUAGAUUUUGCUUACAGGUCGAAUAUUUUUUACAGGAAAAGAAACUGUCUUCUGAACAGGGUCUCUCUCCCCCCGGCUUUCUACACUCAAGAAAUCCUUUAAACAACAACAACCCAUAGACUCAUUAUUGAUGAAACCGCUGUGUGUUUGCCAUGGCAUCUCAGUGUUCCAUUGCAGAAAAUUCAAGAGCAUAUUUUAGACGACAUGCUUGGUUCAUGAAGGUCACAUGGCUUGUUGGGCCAUGCUGCUGUUCAGUUUUAACUGAGAGUAUGGUCUUCAACACUAGUAAAAUGGGUCAAUAAAAUUUUAUCAGGGUUCCUGACCAAUACAGAAAGGUUAUGUAUAAAUCACCUUGAGAUGGUGGUUUAGAAGGUGAUUAAUAAAUUAAUUGUAAUAAUAAAAAUAAUUAAUAAUAAAGUAUUGAACAUAGGAAUGGGAUGUUGGGGGUGGGACUGGCACAUGCGCCCCUACCUCUUCCCCAAGCACACCUGAAUAGUGUUUAGAUUUGGUUAGAUGACAACCACCAGUCAGGGGGAGUGUGAAGGCACCCCCAAACUUGGCCCCCCAACUGUUUUGGGACUACAACUCCCAUCAUCCCUGCCCACUGGUCCUGUUAGCUAGGGAUGAUGGGAGCUGCAGUCUGAAAACAGCUGGAGGGCCAAGUUUGGGGGUGCCUGUUCUUUACCGAAAUGAAGUUUCUCCAUCGGGAUGGAUGUGGAGCAAAUGAAGAUUCUUCUUCAGUUAAAAGCUAGUGGAAGGUGUCUGGAAUUGGUGACGGUAGGGGAGAGAAGAGAUCCUGAUGGGAAAAUGGCUUCUUCCUCUAAAGUAGCCUAUGUAGGUAGUCAGUUUUGGAAUAAUAAGUGAGAAUAGGUUUCAAUAGCAUAAGUAGGACUAGAACAGGUUGUGUUUAUUAUCACCUGUUUAAUAUCAUGUAGCUGUUGGCCUCAAUACCUUCAUUAAUUUUGGAGUGUGUAAAAAAAGAUCUGUUACAUUUACUGUAUUUUUGUUGUUGGUUAACUGUUGUAAAUACCCACAAAAUAAAUUGGUAAACCCCUGAUUAUUCAAUCUUUUAAAUGUGGAAAUCCAGAUUGUAAAAACCUCUAAUGCUAUUCCACAUUGCUAAAAUGCAUUCUAAGAAGGAUUUUCAAGAUGUUUUAGUUGUUCCAAAGAGCAAAGUAAAUUUCUAAAAGGAAGUAAUGCUAAAUUUCAUUGCUCUCUAUAGGUUUCAGGCUCCCCACACCACAAGAAUUGUACUUUGUGAUUAUGCUUUGAGAGUAGAAGAUUAAUACAUUAAUCUUGAAACCUGCCAUCCUGACAACCUUUAUAGAAACAUAACCAGAUGCUCUCCCCUCCUCUUUUAGGGGAACUUGAACAGAGUGUCAUUCUGAUGCCAGUCCCUUGCAGAUUGUUGUUUGUUUAAAUUGCCUUAUGUGUGAAAAAAAUCUUAUUGAACUGGUUGAGAACCUUUCAUGUGGUGUUUUAAUUUUCAGUCAAGUGCUUUAUAGUUUGAUGCUGUCAUAAAGCUGUUUGUGCAAGAAAUUUAUCUCUCCUAUAUUCAUUUUAUUACAUUCCUUCCUCAUAGCCUGACAAGAUGACUGGACUUUUAAAAACACUUUUUUCUUGAGUUUUAUAGGGUGAUGGUGGUUAAUUUGGGGUUAGAGGUAAGAUUUUCAAUUGUGCUCCAUACUGACCUGCCCUCACAUUGGUUAUAACGAUCAUUACCAUUAGAACCAUUGGAGGGACACGGGUGGCGCUGCGGGUUAAACCACAGAGCCUAGGACUUGCUGAUCAGAAGGUGGCGGUUCAAAUCCCCGCGACAGGGUGAGCUCCCGUUGCUCGGUCCCUGCUCCUGCCAACCUAGCAGUUCGAAAGCACCUCAAAGUGCAAGUAGAUAAAUAGGUACCACUCCGGCAGGAAGGUAAACGGCAUUUCCGUGCGCUGCUCUGGUUCUCCAGAAGCAGCUUAGUCAUGCUGGCCACAUGAUCUGGAAGCUGUACGCCGGCUCCCUUGGCCAAUAAAGCGAGAUGAACGCCGCAACCCCAGAGUCGGCCACGACUGGACCUAAUGGUCAGGGGUCCCUUUACCUUUAUGUUGAGAAAGGUGAACUGAAAAUGUUAAUUGGAACUUGGUAGUAAUUGGGUUUGUUCACACAGCAGUAGUUUAGUGCUGUGUGCGCAAGCAGGAACAAAACCAUGAAAAGCCUUGAGUUCAUACUAGCAUUUAGUUUCAUUUUCACAGAAUCCCAAUUAACGAACCAAAGCUUUUGGUUUAAAAACAAGCUGGUCAGCUUCUUAACAAGCCAACUUCAAAACAUGGCUAAAUGCCAGCCAAGUGCUUUCCACUGCAUGGGAGAGUAAGUGGGAGGGCUUCACUGUUAGGCAGAAAGGCACUAAUUGCUUUUGUAAUUUGAAAUUAUUAGUAGGAAUCUACAGACUUCCCUGUAGAAUGUGAGCCAAAAGCAGUUGCAGUUUAAUCACUAUGUGAUUGAUAUAGUUGUCAUAUUCUAUUGCUUUUCAUAUAUAUAUCAAUUUCCCAAAUUUUGAUUAUGAUUAUUGUUCAUUCAUGUUGGAUCCACACUGCCUGACUGCUAAAACUCUUAUAACUUGAAGCAUAUAUCCAUUAAAUAACACCACAAAAAUCAUGUGUAUGCUGCGGAAAUACUAUAGCCAGUUACUACUCCAUGCUGUGCACGCAACAAGGGCAAAUAUGAUCUAGUCAUUCAGUGUAUUAAAAUAUUGAGUAACCAUAUGUAGUAUCAUCUGGGUCACAUGGGGUCCUUUUGCAAUUCAAACAAGCCUGGCUUCUGUGAAAGAGGUGCUAAAGUUGGAAACAAAGUGUGCAUCCCCAAUGGUUUCUUCCCAUCCAUUUCCCAUUCUCUAUAGCCAUUUCUAAAUAGAUGAUCAUCACACAGCCCUUAAUCCCUUAAGGGCGGGGGGCGGGGAGAGAGAGAGGGAGAGAGAUAGAGCAGAAAUAGCUAAAAGUGGUGAUUCCUUAUCUUAAAAUAUCAGGGUUUUAAAACACUAGCUUCAUGGAGUUAUUUCCCCCCACAUCCUGUUUUUUGCUGCCUUAUUAAUAUACAUGCUGUUAUUUCUCUCCAUUCUCUUUCAGGCACUCCCUCAAGGUUACCUCAGCCAGGAGAAGUUAGUUAACAUAAAGAAGGAGCCAAAAGAAUCUCUGGGAAUAACUAUUGGAGGUGGAAGAGACAGUAAAAAUAAACUCCCUAUUUAUGUAACUAGCGUACAGCCUGUUGGAUGCCUCUUCAGAGAUGGUAGAAUUAAGAGAGGUAAGAUGCUUCGGAGUGCCUGCUUUUUAAAUUUGAUACAUGGGCUAGCAUUAAGAGAACAAAGUACCAUGUCAUUUUGUACUAAGGAAAUUGCAAAGGUUUAAAUAGCUAUACAGUGGAACCUCGUGUUACAGACGGGAUCUGUUCCAGAGGCCCGCCCGUAACAUGGAACUGACACAAACUGAAGUGCCGCAUCUGCACACACGCAUGGUGCGAUUUAGUGCUUCUGCGCAUGCGUGAGUGGCGAAACCCGGAAGUAACUCAUUCCGGUACUUUCAGGUUGCCGCAGGACGCAACAUAAAAACACGUAACCUGAAGUGGACACAACAUUGUACAAAGGUAUGACUGUACAAAGAAAUGGUGUUUAUAUAUAUAUUUAUAUAUAUCCCCGCGGGGUGAGCUCCUGUUGCUCUGUCCCAGCUUCUGCCAAUCUAGCAGUUCAAAAGCACACCAGUGAAAGUAGAUAAAUUGGUGCCACUGCGGUGGGAAGGUAAACGGCAUUUCUGUGCGCUCUGGUUUCUGUCAGUGUUUUGUUGCGCCAGAAGCAGUUUAGUCAUGCUGGCCACAUGACCCGGAAAGCUGUCUGUGGAGAAAUGCCAUCUGCCUUGGCCAGAAAGCGAGAUGAGCACCACAACCCCAUAGUCGCCUUUGACUGGACUUAACCAUCCAGGGGUCCUUUACCUUUUUACCUAUAAAUAUAAUGUUAUAUAUUAUAACUCGUCCUUUUUUCUUUUCUUUUUUUAACAAAACAGGAGAUGUACUGUUGAGUAUAAACAAUGUUGAUCUGACUCAUCUUAACUACAGUGAAGCAGUCUCUGCACUGAAAUCAAAUGCAGCACUGCACACAGUGACAUUGAAAGCCUUGGAAAUUGUGGUAACGGAAAAGACAUCUGAAUUUACUGAGGCACCAGAUACCAGGGAAAGUGGGUUUAGUUGGGCUAGCUGGGCUCCUCUCUGGAUCAUGUGGCUUGGAUUGCCUAGGUAAGUCUUUCUGCUUGAUGUUACUGUGGGAAAUUUUACCAAUAAUGGUAUGUUAGUUACAUUUUGAGUUGAUCUAUUUUGGUUAAAAUAUUGUAAACGAAAGUAUCACUUGCUUUGAUCAAUUAGUCUUGCCUAUGAAACUAAAGCACAUAAGAAAACCAAAGUUUUCAGUACUCCCAGUCAUGCCUUUGGAAAGUGAUGCUUGAAAGUAUUUUUAAAAGAAAAGAAUUGUAAAAUGUACUGAGAAAUCAGUGACUAAGAGAUUGAACCAAAAUUAGCUUCUCUGGUUUGGCCUGAUGUCUGAAUUAACAAACCAUGAUUAGGGCCAUUGCCCUGCUUUUUCCCAGAAACUGCAGGCAAGAGUAAAUUUAUAAAAUUUAGAGCACAGAAUGCAAAGGAAGACAAACAAGUCAGUCCAUCCCCCAGUUAAGGGAUUCAACUGAUGUAAAGCAAAUCACCUCCCUUUGUUCAUUUAAAUGGGCCUUAAAUAUCCAUUUUCUUACCAUGGCUUUGGGAGGCUUAAUUUGUGUUGCCAAGUGCUAGCUUUUCUAAUGCGCUAGAUGGGCUUUUUGUUGGUACACUGACUUGCAUAUUCGUGGGAUGGAAUUGGAUAUUACUUUUAACUGGUUUAACAAUUGAAGUUUAGGGAUUUAUAUUAGUAUGUAGCUGCAAACCUGUUUGAGUGGCAUCUUUGCUAAAAAAAAUGGUCAAAAAGCCUUUUAAAUAUGUCUUUUUAAAAGUUAUUAAAAUAAACCAUAUUUUCCUACCUCUCAGAUGUUUUGAAACCAUGGUUUGAGUUCUAACCUAUGUUUACCAAUGAUUAGAACGUAUUUUUCGCUCUAUAAGACGCACCAGAAGAUAAGACGCACCUAGUUUUUGGAGGAAAACAAGAAAAAAGAUAUUCCAGAAGCCAGAACAGCAAGAGGGAUCUGGCUUCUGGGAUAGCUGCGCGAAGCCUCUCCCGGGCAGCGGGAUGAAGGCUCCCCCUGCCCGGAAGUGGCUGCGCAUGGCUAAGCUGCCCUCUGUCCCUCCUUGGGGAAAAGCCCACAAGAGCCGCACUCCCUUUAAAGAGCACGCGGAGCGUGUUUGCGGCUCUUGGGGGCUUUUCCUCAAGGAGGGAGAAAAGACUGACGGGCCGCGUCAGUCCCUUCUCCCACCUCAGGGAAAAGCCCACAAGAGCUGCACACACUCUAGGCGCGCUCUUUAAAAAACAGGCGGCUCUUGCUGGCUUUUGCAGGAGGUGGGGGGAAGCGCCAUAGCCGUGCCCUCUGUCCCUUCCCCCACCUCCCGCAAAAGCCAGGGAUAGCCGCGCAAAGCCUCCGCAGGGCAGCGGGAUGAAGGCUUCCUGCUGCCCUGCGGAGGCUUCGCGCGGCUAAGCCAGAAGCUAGAACAGCAAGAGUGAACGCUGCGCAGCACUCCCUCCCACUGUUCUGGCUUCUGGGAUAGCCCGUGAAGUCUCCGCAGGGCAGCAGGAUGAAGGCACCCCGCUGCUUUGCGCAGCUAAGCCAGAAGCUAGAACAGCGGGAGGGAGCGCUGCGCACCACUCCCUCUCGCUGUUCUGGUUUCUUGGAUAGCCGCGCAGCCUGCAUUCGCUCCAUAAGACGCACACACAUUUCCCCUUUCUUUUUAGGAGGGAAAAAGUGUGUCUUAUAGAGCGAAAAAUACGGUAAUAGCUUGAUUGAACUAAGUCACUCUGUCUUAGAAGGCAGAAUCAACAUCAAGUUGAUGCGGCCUUUGUGGAUUCAGGCUAUAAAAUAUACUCCAGGAAGAUGCUGCUAGAAGUGAAGACAAACGUGAGUUUGCCGUCGAAGACUCCUGCAUCAAGUUCUCUCUCCUUUGUCCAUAAUAUGUGAUACCGCUCCAUUGUAGAGUGGGGCUUCAAAAAUACACAGCAUAGUUGCAGCAGAAGAGCUAGUGGAGGCAUGAUUGACAGAAGGGGAAUGGAGUGUUGGGUGGCAUUAGAACGAGUGACUGUAGAGAGUGUUGAUUUGGAAACAAUAGCCAGCCUCUCUUUGACUGAUUUGAGGACUGUUUAUGCCUUUUCUAUCUUAGAAGGCAUAAACAACAAGCAAGUCGUUCAUAUGAUGUGGGGGCAAGGCUUUCAACCCAUUUUGAAGAAUUCACCAAUAAUUUUUUUGGGUAGUUCCAAAACGUUUAGAAAAAAUGACCUCUCCUUUUGGAUUGGCCCCAACUUUUUUACAAUAUUUUUUAAAAUCUUAUAUGGAGAAAAGAAUGGACAAGUUCUUUUCCAACUAAGGUCACAAUUAAGCAUUUUACAGGCAUAGCACUGCAUAACAUAUUUUUCAAAGCUAGAGCAGGCUUCCUGGAUGUGUGUUCCUUUCUUACCUCCUUUCUAGCCAUUAACCAUAGAUUCAUGUAACAUGGGCACUGACACAAACUAUAGUGCUCCUAUAAACCAGUGACUAUAGCUGUUGUUUGAGAUGUGUUUGCAAACCAUUACACUCAGGCAUCACUUUCCAAACACAAUGUGUUGCCAGUCAAUUGUUUGUUAUGUGAGCAUUCGCAUAGCAAGCUAUUUCCAUUAUACCCUAUGAGAACAUUUCUAAUCCAUGAUUUGUCUGUUCUGCCUCCCUCCCUCCCUGGUUUCUGCAUGAAAUGGCUGCUGCCAACCAGCACAAUUAAGGAAGUGGACAAACUCCAACUUUUUGGCUAUCUGAAUCAGCUGUUUGUGUAGUGAGGUUUGGGUAUAAUUCUUUGUGUUCAGAUAACUGAGAUUUCAGAUGAGCAUUCUGAUAGUGGGACCUGCAUGUAUUAUGACGGAACUAAGGUAUGGGGAAAUUGCUUCAAAAGAGGGGAGGAGGGAGCAUUUGUUUAGAAAGCACAGUUUGUAGGUCAGUGUUACAUCUUCACUUGUCACAGUAUAUUGUGACAGUGAAAGGGAUCCAAAAUUUAUUCUCAAAUGCUGGGAAUUUUGUGACUUUGGAGGGCAUUUUAAUUCUGAAAAUCCACCCCAGCCCAUAUUGUUACACAUAUACUAUAUACAUUUAAAGUCUAGUACAAAACUCCAUUUCAAAGAAAGGUCCUGAUUUGGGUGUUUGAUCAAGGUGGCCUUUUCCAACAUCGUAUUUGCUUUCGAUCAAAGAACCUGUAAGCUGAAUGCAGUCUUUGUUUCUGGUGCAUGAUCCACCAGAAGCCAGAUAUUGAUUCUCAAGCAGCAGUGCUGCUACUGACAAUGAUCUCAUAAUUGUAUUGAUUUCCAUAAAAAAUGAAAGUGGGAAUUCUAUGUGGAAGCCAAAGAGUGUUCUCUGUUUUCUAUUUCAGUCACCUCCAUUGCUGUCAAGACAUUAUCCUGCGUAAAAGCAACUCUGAGAGCUGGGGAUUCAGCAUAGUUGGUGGGUUUGAAGAAAACAAAGGGAACCAUCCAUUCUUCAUUAAAACCAUUGUGCCUGGAACACCUGCUUUCUGGGACAGAAGACUGAAGUAUGUACAUACACUGUUGUUUCUAUUACUUUUGCAUUCUUUAUGAAAUAUCUGGUGUUGCAAGGUAAUGACUCUUUUUGAUAAAACAACUGCCCCGGUUACUCAGAGUGAGAUGGGUUUUUCAUAAGAGUGACUGGUGAGGGCAUUUUAUCCCAUAACACCUGUUGCAGAAACAGAGAAAUUUCCAAUUUUUAGCAGAAGUAUACAAAGCCAGAGAAAUAAAUCUCUCUGAGGUUUGGUAACACUGUUGUGUUCCUGUACUGCGUUGAAUUAUCUAAUUUCUCCCUAAUUACUGUAAUGAAGGCUGCUUAGAGGUAUGGACAGAUUUCUGAAUUAUGCAGUGGGACAGCUACCGCACAAUGGGCAAGUUCUUUGGGCUCAUGAGCAUUUCUAAUUAUUUAAAAAGGUUAACUAGCAAGUCUGUCAUUUUUUGCUAAGCAAUGUACUUGAUGUUUUAACACAAUCAGUGCAGACAAAUUGCUGCUGUACCAAUAGGGACAUAUAUCAAGAGCAUUACUAACAGUACUUUUGCCUUUUUCUUUGACUAGAUGUGGAGAUGAAAUUGUGGCUGUAAAUGGAGUGUCUGCCAUGGGAAUGAGCAAUGCUGAAUUGAUUCCCAUGCUGAAGGAACAACGGAAUAAAGUAACUCUUACUGUGGUGUCCUGGCCUGGAAGCCUUGUUUAAGACGUAAACUCAGUAUAAUUUUGGGACUACUUUGGUACCAGAUUUCAAGGCUUUGAGUGAUGAACCAACCAAAGAAACAGUGAACUGAUUUAAGAUGGCUUUUCUCAAGGCUGUCACCUGGAAUCCUAUUCCUAUGCCAAAGGCAAACUGCUUAUUUUAUUUUUUAUUUUAUUUUUUUACCCAGCUUCCUGGCAGACAGAAGCCAUGCUUCAGUGAUCAGUUAACGUUUUUGUUAUGUAACUAGAAGAAGAAGAAGAAGAGUUUGGAUUUGAUAUCCCGCCUUUCACUCCCUUUAAGGAGUCUCAAAGCGGCUAACAUUCUCCUUUCCCUUCCUCCCCCACAACAAACACUCUGUGAGGUGAGUGGGGCUGAGAGACUUCAGAGAAGUGUGACUGGCCCAAGGUCACCCAGCAGCUGCAUGUGGAGGAGCGGAGACUCAAACCCGGUUCCCCAGAUUACGAGACUACCGCUCUUAACCACUACACCACACUGGCUCUCAACUAUUGGAUGUUGAACAUAUGAAAUCUAAACUGCAGCCUGUUUCUCCUCAACUCACAUUUUAAUCCCCCGAUAAACUGCUUUGGAGUUUAUUUUUACAAUCAAGGGGUAUAUAAAUUUUAUGAAAUAAAAAUAAUAUAUAUAUAUAUGAGUACAAGAGAAACCUGUAAAAAUGGUUUUCAUGAUUACUUAUGGCUCCUGGUAAAUUCAGUAAACAUUGGCUAAUGACGUGGGUGGCGCUGAGGGUUAAACCACAGAGCCUAGGACUUGCCGAUCAGAAGGUCGGUGGUUCGAAUCCCCGCGACAGGGUGAGCUCCCAUUGCUCGGUCCCUGCUCCUGCCAACCUAACAGUUCGAAAGCACGUCAAAGUGCAAGUAGAUAAAUAGGUACCACUCCGGCGGGAAGGUAAACAGCAUUUCCGUGUGCUGCUCUGGUUCGUCAGAAGUGGCUUAGUCAUGCUGGCCACAUGACCCGGAAGCUGUACGCCGGCUCCCUCAGCCAAUAAAGCGAGAUGAGUGCCACAACCCCAGAGUUGACCACGACUGGACCUAAUGGUCAGGGGUGCCUUUACCUUUUAACUUUGGUAGCUUUAAAGAUGUUGAUAAAUAAAUCCUCCAAGUCAUCGUUAAGGUCUGCCUUACUAAAACUACCAUCCCCUUUUCAUGCUUGGUAGAAAGGAUAUGUGAAUGCCAUCUUUUGGGUAAGAAUCACAAGAUGUUCUUCGUCCUUUUUUUCUGCUCUUCUGUGCCUUGUUGAACUUGAGACCAUUUGCAAUGUAAAGCUUGUCUCUGAGCAUUUGUGUUUUCUGUGUGAGGACGUAAUGCACUAGUGUGAUGCCUACAGCACCAGCCUUCUUCUGCUUGAAGACAGGAUCUUUAUUGCUGAUGAGAAUGAACUGAAGGACCAAUGGAAUAAUGUUCCUGUUGAUGCAUUAGCAAGUAGAGAUCUCUCAACAUUUAUUUGUGUUACUACUGCUUGUUGCAGUUCAGGUGCUAGGUGGCAAGUUGCAUCUCAUUCCCACUGUCUCUCUGAAAGAGUUGGGGAUUGGCAUCUAAAGCCAGUGAUGGGAAAAUUCUGCAACUUGAAGAAAGUUGAAUGGAUGGCCCCUGUACCAAGAACAGAGACUGUGUGCAAAGACUGAAUGUAAGAGAAGUCUGACAGGACUUUCAGUGAACAUAUCAUAGAACCAAAAUAAAUGUAAUGGCAGCAGACCCAUGUGCAGAAUUAAGCCUGCUGCAGAACUGUAAAAUACUGUAUGUGUAAAUUUAAACCCUAACACCCCUUCUCACAACAUACUUUUUCAAAAAAAUUAUGGCCAUGCUUAUACUUCUGGUCACAUAACUAGCAGGGCCAAAAUGGCUUAAAAAUAAUAAUAAUAUGGAGGGAAAUGUAUGGUUGCUGGAAAGCAUGCAGAUCCAUUCAGAAAUGCUGUGUUUUAAAUUGUCUCCUCUGCAUCCCCCACUCCCAACUUUGUAGGGGAUCUUGCCACUGUACUAUCUAGUUGUGCCCUUGUGGAAGGGGAGACAAAUAGCUGUUAUGGCAAUUUUGUGUAGCUUAGGGGGGAAACCCCAUCAAAGCCUAUCCAUUCCACUAUUGUCCUUUUCCCACCCCACAAUGUGAUGAUUUUUUAAAUGGCAUUACUUCUUUCAGUAUUGGGGCUCUCCUGCUUCAAUGUUUUAGUGUUUAAGAUCCAAGUACGAAGGAACAUUGGAAGCAGCAUUCUACCAAGUCAGAACAUUGGUCCAUCUGGCUUAUUAUUGUCUACACUGACUGGCAGCAGUUCUCCAGGGUUUCAGGGAGGAGUCGCUCCCAAACAUAAAAUGCUGGGGAUUGAACUUGGAGACUUCUGCCUGCAAGACAGAUGCUCUAGCACUAAGCCGUAGCCCUUCCCUGCAAUUAGGUAUAACAUUUUUUUGCCAGAGGCCUGCUGUUAAAAGUUGGAUGGCAUGUAGAAAUUGCUGGGCCAGACAGUUGAUACAGAAGUAUGGCAUCUGCAGGUAAAUUUCAGCUACGCAGUUACCAAGUACACCUUGCGGGGUGGGUGGGAAUGGAACUCCUAAUGUUGACAGGACUGUGGAUUUCAAACUUAGUAAAGAUAUACUAUUCUUCCCUGGGCAACCACAGUUCCAAGCUGGUCUCCAAGUGUAGCCUCAUUUCCAUGAUUCUAUUAGCUUGAUUGUAGACUAGAGACAGCAAGUUUGAGGGAAAUUCCAUAAGGAUGGCAGUGUGGGGUGCUCCUUUGUUGUUCUAAGAUUGUGGUUUGCUUAAUGUGAGUCUCUGACCCUGUGAAAACUGCUUGCUUUACCUGCAUUCUAUAGGGCAAGUGUAAUGCUUAAAAUAACUUUUGGUCCAGCAUUUCUGUAUACAGUGGUACCUCGGGUUAAGAACUUAACCUGAAACUGUUCUUAACCUGAGGUACCACUUUAGCUAAUGGGGCCUCCCACUGCUGCCACGUCACCGCUGCGUGAUUUCUGUUCUCAUCCUGAAGCAAAGUUCUUAACCCGAGGUACUAUUUCUGGGGUAGCAGAGUCUGUAACCUGAGGUACCACUGCACUAGUAUAUGUAACUUGUAUAAAAUUAGAUUGAAAUCAGACUAACAGCUAUGCGUGAAAUACAAGUUCAGUGGUCAAUUUUCAGGAGGAGCAGUCCAUCAAAUCUACAUGUUUAAAGAAUCCAAAAGGACCCGAGGAAUGAUUCAAAUUGCCAUCUCUGAUUUAAAUGUCUUCACUGCCUCAUUUGGAUGUUGCAAGCUGUUAUUGCCAUGUGUGAGAGGACAUUGAUCUAACGGGGCAUGCAAUUUUCAUGUGGGUGAGGUGUUCCUGCAAGUCACAGCAUCAAUACUGAGUGUAAAUGUGGUUUUAAAAGGAAUCGCCAUUUACAUCUCCUUGCAAGGGGUGAUUACAGAAUCCACAAGACCCAAGGCGGAAGCCAGGAGUAAUAUUUGUCUCUUGCAAUGACUGUAGAGAGGAAAUUGUAUGCUUUUUCCAAAUGAAGGGUAUGUGCUGCCUCAGCAGCACUAUUUCACUAUGUUGUCUUAUUUCAAGGUGCCUUUAACAAUCACCGGUAAAUCUACAUUGUUUUGCACCAAAGAGAUUGUGGUACAUUGUUAACAACUGUUAUUAUUUUGAUGCAUUUAUAAAUUAUUCUGAAGUUAUUGAAGCUGUUUUGAUGAUGUGUUAUUCUGAUCAUAUUGGCUCUCCUAGCACGCAGCAUCCCUACAACUAGCUUCUAGCUUUUGGAAGUCAGACUCUAAGCUAGCUAUCAGCUAGCUUAUUGUGAUAAUUUAGUCAUAAUACUUGCCUUUUUUGAACAAAGCUUCAUGUGGCUGUUACUGUUCUAAAAAAUAAAAGAAGUCAAUGAUUUGCCAA